AAUUCUAUGAACCUUCCUCCAGACAAAGCGCGACUACUGCGGCAGUACGACAAUGAGAAAAAGUGGGAGCUCAUCUGUGAUCAGGUGGGAUGUUGCUUAUUCACUGUCAAUAACCUGUUCACAAACUCCUAGUUUGGGAUCUAAUAUCCGGUGUGUCCGGUGACUCACAAGUCUAACCAAUGAAGAGGGCACUCUGUGGCUGCAUCCCAUAUUUACAUUUAACAUUUAAGUCAUUUAGUAGACGCUCUUAUCCAGAGCGACUUACAAAUUGGUGCAUUCAACUUAGGAUAUUUCCUAUAUAGUGCACUACUUUAGACCAGAGCCCAAUGGAACCUGGUCAAAAGUAGUGCACUAUAAACGGUAUAGGGUGCCAUUUGCGACGCAAGUGUUGUGUUCAGCAGACUGAGUGCUCGGCCCUUCUGCCAGUGUGUUUUCUGCUUAACUGAGCAGAGGGAAAAGAGGAGAGUGAGAGAGGGACCACCAAGCACCCGCUCAGGCUAAGGAUACAAUUGAUACGAAGCCACCCUGAACACAAUGAAGCUGGAGUGUGGCAGUGGGAAGAAUUAGCAAUUUGCUGCCUGGUCAAUUUUUUUUUUUUCUUCACGUUUUUGUAUCUGACUGGAGUUAAUGUUUCUGUCACUGUCGUACAUCAAGUGAUGUGUGAGGUGGUCUGGCAUUUUGCAAUGCCACCCUAUUCCCAAUUUAGUGCACUACUUUUGACCACGGCCCAUAGGGUUCAAUUAGUGGUGUAAAGAUGACCUGAUGGAAUUCUGUCCUCGGAAAGUUUCAGUGUGAGAUGUGAGACGCCGGGAUCCAAUAUUUUCUUCACUGUUUGUGCAAACAAAGUUGGAUCAUAUUUUCUAAAAAUAGACUUCUAGGUUUUCAUGUUUGCCAUCAAAAUAACUAACCCAUGUUAAAGCCUUGAAUAAUAUGUUUUCCAUGUCACAUUAUAGCUACACCAAAUUUCUUUAUGUAUAAUCAUGGCAACUGCGAUGUUCGUAGGGGUAACCAGAGAAACAAGGCUGAUAAGUACAUUAGCUUUUAACAAUAUUUAUCCUGAAAAUACAUUCAGGGGGGUUGAAAUAUUACAUUUUGGGGCGGGAAUUAUGAAGUUAGAUCAAAUAUUAAAGAUGCUCUCACAACGAAAACAACCAUCAGAGACUGUAUCACGUAAUGAUGCCUAAUGAGCCUUACUCUGACCCUCAGUAGACCUCUCUCAUCUACAUCAUGGCUUUGUCCCAAAUGGCACCCUAGUGGCACAAAAUAAAGAAUAGGGCCCCUCAGGGGUGCGUGCUCAGUCCCCUCCUGUACUCCCUGUUCACCCAUGACUGCAUGGCCAGGCACGACUCCAACACCAUCAUUAAGUUUGCCAACGACACAACAGUGGUAGGCCUGAUCACCGACAAAGAUGAGACAGCCUAUAGGGAGGAGGUCAGAGACCUGGCCGUGUGGUGCCAGGAUAACAACCUCUCCCUCAACGUGACCAAGACAAAGGAGAUGAUUGUGGACUACAGGAAAAAAAAGAGGACUGAGCACGCCCCCAUUCUCAUCGACGGGGCUGUAGUGGAACAGGUUGAGAGCUUCAAAUUCCUUGGUGUCCACAUCACCAACGAACUAUCAUGGUCCAAACACACCAAGACAGUCGUGAAGAGGGCACGACAAAGCCUAUUCCCCCUCAGGAGACUGAAAAGAUUUGGCAUGGGUCCUCAGAUCCUCAAAAAAUUCUACAGCUGCACCAUCGAGAGCAUCCUGACUGGUUGCAUCACCGCCUGGUAUGGCAACUGCUUGGCCUCUGACCGCAAGGCACUACAGAGGGUAGUGCGUACGGCCCAGUACAUCACUGGGGCCAAGCUUCCUGCCAUCCAGGACCUCUAUACCAGGCAGUGUCAGAGGAAGGCCCUCAAAAUUGUCAAAGACUCCAGCCACCCUAGUCAUAGACUGUUCUCUCUGCUACCGCACGGCAAGCGGUACCGGAGUGCCAAGUCUAGGUCCAAAAGACUUCUCAACAGCUUCUACCCCCAAGCCAUAAGACACCUGAACAGCUAAUCAUGGCUAUCCGGACUAUUUGCACUGCCCCCCCACCCCAUCUUUUUACGCUGCUGCUACUCUGUUAAUUAUUUAUGCAUAGUCACUUUAACUCUACCCACAUGUACAUAUUACUUCAACUACCUCAACUAGCCGGUGCCCCCGCACAUUGACUCUGCACCGGUACCCCCCUGUAUAUAUAGCCUCCCUACUGUUAUUUUAUUUUACUUCUGCUCUUUUUUCUCAACACUUUUUUGUUGUUUUAUUCUACUUUUUUAUUCAAAAUAAAUGCACUGUUGGUUAAGGGCUGUAAGUAAGCAUUUCACUGUAAUGUCUGCACCUGUUGUAUUCGGCGCAUGUGGCCAAUAAAAUUUGAUUUGAUUUUAUUUGGGACGCAGCGCAAAUCAAGAAAAGAGCAGAAGUAAAAUAAAAUAUGGCUUCUCUGUUUGUGGAUGGAAUGUUGAUACAGCAAUGUUUUUGGAAGUUGGGUCGUUUCACGAAAAGAGUACCUUUUGAUCAUUUAAGUAGACAUUUUGCACAAUGAUAUAUUUUUUAAAUAAUGUUACAUUAAGUGGAGUGCCCUUUAAUAUAGCAGAACACGUCAACCCUGUUACUCAUUGAUAGACAGGCUAGAAAUGUUGUAAAACAAUUUUUUUGCAUUCAAUUGCCCCUCUCUGUUGCACACAACAAGCUUCCAUUCCUCCUGUCACAACGGGAUUUAUGGCCGAUUUGAGCUUAAAUUGUCAACCCUGUUACGGUCAACCCUGUUACAGUCAACCCUGUUACUUUAUUUGGAACUUAAUAGGCACUUAGUAUAGUAUAUUUUAUUUAUUUAACCUUUUUAUGGGAAAACUUGUUUUUUAUUAAGUUGAACAUGUGCUUUGUAUGACAGAAUGUAAAAAUGAUGUGAUGUAAAACACUACCCAAAAGGGACUCAUUUCAUGGAACGACCCAGUUAUUCAUGAAGCUUCAUCAUCAGCCUUUAGAUUGGAAAAGCCCUUGAAGCAAAGUGUCUCUCGACUUGUUCCUCCUGCAACACAGAAGAGAGAAGUCUGCUUUCCCCAUUCAUAGAGGAGUUGUAACGAUUUGAUAGAUCAGCUGCCUGACUCCCCAGUAAGGUACAUGUUCAGUGAUUCCUCUCUAUCCCUUUGAACUGGGAGAGAUUUCUCUCCUCUCCUUCCUGUCCUCUCAUCCACACUGCAGUGCUGUUUCUGAGAAUGGGGGAGAAGCGCUGCCUGGGAUUUUAAAGAUAUUCUCCGGUACUUUUGUAUACUUUUUAGCCAGUAGGUCUGAAAGUAGUGCUCACAAACCAAAAGUGGUCCCCAAAAAGUGCGUACUACGUCACAUAUGUGCAGAUAUGUGCUCCACGUCAUUGCUCUCUCUCUCUCUCUCUGCUGUGUCCAGUGAGCCAUUGGGCCCGCCCUGCAACCUCAUUGGAUAAUGCUGGGCAGGCCUCUUUCUAGCUGUCACUCAAAUGCAAGGGGCUGAAGCUCAUUGGCUAGAACUCUAAUUGCUAGGGGACUGGCCCACGUGGGCGGAAAUGUAGAGAAAAUUACAUGGCACAGCUUCAAGAAAACAGUUGCUUUCACACUUGGGAUUUCGAGGCUAAUUGAGGUAAGACAGUAAUUCUGCUCAUAGAUUAUGCAUGAAUGAACUACUCAUUGACACAUCUAGCCCAAAGCGGAAGGUUUAAAAAAUACUUUCUUAGUCGCCAAAGUACCGGAGCAUGUCUUUAACUUGGGGCUUUACAUGGCUGCUCGGUUCUAAUUACCAGGAAUUCAUUCCUCCUCUUUAUCUGGCGGCUAUACCAAGCCCCUCUCUCCCUUCACACACAGGAUAUUACAUAAGCCCCUGGCACUGCACCCUUUAACCACUAACCUCCCAGUCUCUCACUUCCUACUCUCCCAGCUCCCUUAACCCCUACCUUCCCAGUUUCCCCCUCCCCUGUCUUACUCAGCCCCCAUUCUGCAGGUGCAGAGGAGAGGAGGAGUGAUUCUACUACAGCCCAGAUGGAAUCCAGACCACUACCCUCCUCUAUCCUCUGACUACUUUUAUGGCUGUCAUAGACCAUGCAGGAACUAUUUUAUAUGUGCCCCUAUAAAUCUCAUAUACUUUCUCUACACUAUAGGCCCGCCAUAUAUAUUCCCCUGUCCUUGUAUUAGCAACAUAGGCAGCCUGUCACCAACAAUGGUUUCCAUUUGUGCCACCCAAAUUGCACCCUAUUCCCUAUAUAGUGCACUACUUUUGACCCGAGCCCUAUGGGUGACCCUAUGGGCCCUGGUCAAAAGUAGUGCAGUAUAAAGGGAAUAGGGUGCCAUUUGGGACUGAGAGGCAGCAGCACUCACACAUGCAUUGAUGUAACGGUGAGGCCAUCGCCAUCAUCACAUAGCCAGCAAUAGGAUGAUCAAACCGCUCACCCAGAAAAUAAAAACAACUCUCAGUCUGCAUCCCUGCAUGUCUGACCCGCGUUGCCGAGCGACAUGUAGUGAGCUCUGGAGCACUGUGGGGGGAAUGCAAAAAACUGCCUACUUCCAGCCACAGCCAGUCAGUCAGUGCAGCCGGGGUAGCCAGUCUGCCUCCUGAGCUCUUAGUAGGCACAGAUGCCCCACCGCAGUGCAUAAAUACUGCAUAGACACAAAGCUAUUAUGUGGGAACAGGAGCUGUGUAUACUAGUUAAUCACCCUUCUGGACUGGCCACUUCUCUGUUUUCGUCCCGAAUGGCACCCUAUUCCAUAUAUAGUGCAUUACUUUUGACCAGAGUCCAACAGACUACCUCUGUUAGGGUGGUAGCUAACAGCAUGCUGAGGCAUACUGGUCACGUCCACUUCAGUGUGAGUGGAGAGUCAAUCAGACAUAGGGCCUGUCCCAAAUGACACCCUAUUCCCUAUAUAGUGCACUUCCUGGGGAAUGUAGUGCACUAUAUAGGGAAUAGGGUGCGGUUUGGUACUCAGACUCAUUCAAACAGACUGCUUCCCAGCUCUCCAGCCUCUCACAACACAACAAAGCCCUAUGAUUUACAUUGACUGGAUGGAUGAUGGUGAUUCAUGAUGGGGAUUUUGCUAGAUUCGAUAAUAUAUAGAGGGGUGUCCGUGUCAAGAUCAGCUGUUAUUGUAGUCAGUCUCCACCACAUUCCAAAAAUAUAAUUCCACCACCAGCUGGUUUCACAUUGAGGCAAGAGAAUCAAAACGAGUCAAUAAUAUUGGGGUCCCUGUGAGUGAUGAUCUUAUGCCUUUGAUUCGAGUGCCGAUAUAAAACAACAACUGUGAUGUUUCUUAGCCCGCAGGCUUGAGCAAAGUAGCUCAUAUCUGAUGCUAAACACAAUUGUCCAUACACCAAUAUACAUUUUGGGUAAUGUUGUCCCUUUUAACCCUUCACAGUUAGCUGAGUAACUACAUAAUGAGAGCGAAAGUAUUCUAAUGUGUCUGUCCUCCUCUCUCUCUCUCUCUCUCUCUCUCUCUCUCUCUCUCUCUCUCUCUCUCUCUCUCUCUCUUCUCUCUCUCUUUCUCUCUUUCUCCAUCUGUCUGUCUCUCCCUCUCACAGGAACGAUUCCAAGUGAAGAACCCACCUCACACAUACAUCCAGAAGCUGAGGGGCUAUCUGGACCCGGCCGUCACCAGGAAGGUGAGUGAGAGAGAGAGAGAAUGAGAGAGAGAGAGAGAGAGAGAGAGAGAGAGAGUGUUGAUUGUUCCCAACCAACUGUUCCACUGCCUCAGCCUCUUUCUUCCCCUUUAAACCAGCCCCACACCACCAGGAUAUCCCACCGUCCCUAUGGCUGUGGAAAGAAGGUCCAGUGGCCCCGAGAAGUAGUGGGCCCUUGGAGUUAAAGGGACAUUGCACUUUCAAAUCAGUAAUGUCAAGAUGAAACCACAACCCACAACAUCGGUUGUGUAGGUCCAGCUACUGUAUGUCUCCACCCCAAAUGAAUGGAACAUCAUCAUGGGAUGUAGGCAUAUAGGUUUAACAUGGCCUUGCAGAGCCUAACCAUAGUUUAAAGGACUGUUAUGAUAUUAUCCCCACAAUGUGCUGGUGGUAGCAUUAUGGGAGUGAAGCAGCCAGGACUGGCUAAGGCUGACUCUUUGGCUACAGAAUGGUUUUCUAAAGUAAAGUGUCAGCCAACCUUCAGGCCUUGCCAAUAGGCAGAGUUUUGGCUCGCGGAGAGAGAUCGUGCCGCUGUGAGAAGGGAUGCGUCCAUAAUGGCACGCUAUUCCCUUUAUAGUGCACUACUUUUGUCCAGGGCCCAUAUGGUAUAAAGGGAAUAGGGUGCUAUUUGGGUCGCAGACACAGAGUUGUCGCUCUUUGUGAUAAAAACAAAUUAACUGAAUGACUCUGCCAGAAUAACAGCAAAUUGCUCCAGAUAAUUUAAUUACGCUGCCUGACUGGAAUUAAAGUUUCAGAGACACAUUAUACGCUACGGCAGCGUGAAGAGAGCGAGAGUUCAGAUCUGUAUCUGCCGAUGGAUGUGACGUCUGCUACGCAAGUAGAAUGUCUGUCUAUGCCAUCAUCUUCCCUGCUUAGCUGAGUUAGGCUAAUGUUGAAUUAUUUCGAACAUUCAUUUUUCAUAGUGUUGAAGUUUGUCCCUUGUCUCGUCCCCUGAUAGAAAAAGCAAAGGGAAUAUGUCAUGUAUCGCGACACAUCUUGUAUUUUGGCACUCCUGCAUCCCUAGCUGCAUUAUCGAUGUCCCUUCUAUGUUUUGGUGUACGUCUCCAUCAGAGCAUCGCCAUUGUCUAAGUCUAUCCCAGAUGGCACCCUAAUCCCUUUCUAGUGCACUACUUUUAACCAGAUCCCUAUGGGGGUGCCAUUUGGGACGCAUACUUAGUACACUCUUUUAAUGAUACCGAACAUGAUUAAAGAUUAGCGUUUCUCUCUGGAGACAGAGAUAAAGGAGAAGAAGAAUGAUGAAGAACAAAAUUGGCAAGGAGAAGAGAGGAAUAGAGAAGAAUAUAAAGAGGGAGGAUGGUGGAUGAGAAGUGCUCAUAUUGUAGUCAGAUGUAAGACUAUGAGGAGGAGUGUACUAUGGUAUGGGGCAGGUUUGAUCUGCAUCCCAAAUGACACCCUAUAUACAGUGAGGGAAAAAAGUAGUUGAUCCCCUGCGGAUUUUGUACGUUUGCCCACUGACAAAGAAAUGAUCAGUCUAUAAUUUUAAUAGUAGGUUUAUUUGAACAGUGAGAGACAGAAUAACAACAACAAAAUCCAGAAAAACACAUGUCAAAAAUGUUAUGAAUUGAUUUGCAUUUUAAUGAGGGAAUAAGUGUUUGACCCCUCUGCAAAACAUGACUUAGUACUUGGUGGCAAAACCCUUGUUGGCAAUCACAGAGGUCAGACGUUUCUUGUAGUUGGCCACCAGGUUUGCACACAUCUCAGGAGGGAUUUUGUCCCACUCCUCUUUGCAGAUCUUCUCCAAGUCAUAAAGGUUUCAUGGCUGAUGUUUGGCAACUCAAACCUUCAGCUCCCUCCACAGAUUUUCUAUGGGAUUAAGGUCUGGAGACUGGCUAGGCCACUCCAGGACCUUAAUGUGCUCCUUCUUGAGCCACUCCUUUGUUGCCUUGGCCGUGUGUUUUUGUUCAUUGUCCUGCUGGAAUACCCAUCCACGACCCAUUUUCAAUGCCCUGGCUAAGGGAAGGAGGUUCUAACCCAAGAUUUGACGGUACAUGGCCCCGUCCAUCGUCCCUUUGAUGCGGUGAAGUUGUCCUGUCCCCUUAGCAGAAAAACACCCCCAAAGCAUAAUGUUUACACCUCCAUGUUUAACGGUGGGGAUGGUGUUCUUGGGGUCAUAGGCAGCAUUCCUCCUCCUCCAAACACGGCAAGUUGAGUUGAUGCCAAAUAGCUCCAUUUUGGUCUCAUCUGACCACAACACUUUCACCCAGUUCUCCUCUGAAUCAUUCAGAUGUUCAUUGGCAAACUUCAGACGGGCAUGUAUAUGUGCUUUCUUGAGCAGGGGGACCUUGCGGGCGCUGCAGGAUUUCAGUCCUUCACGGCGUAGUGUGUUACCAAUUGUUUUCUUGGUGACUAUGGUCCCAGCUGCCUUGAGAUCAUUGACAAGAUCCUCCCGUGUAGUUCUGGGCUGAUUCCUCACCGUUCUCAUGAUCAUUGCAACUCCAUGAGGUGAGAUCUUGCAUGGAGCCCCAGGCCGAGGGAGACUGACAGUUCUUUUGUGUUUCUUCCAUUUGCGAAUAAUCACACCAACUGUUGUCACCUUCUCACCAAGCUGCUUGGCGAUGGUCUUGUAGCCCAUUCCAGCCUUGUAUAGUUCUACAAUCUUGUCCCUGACAUCCUUGGAGAGCUCUUUGGUCUUGGCCAUGGUGGAGAGUUUGGAAUCUGAUUGAUUGAUUGCUUCUGUGGACAGGUGUCUUUUAUAAAGGUAACAAGCUGAGAUUAGGAGCACUCCCUUUAAGAGUGUGCUCCUAAUCUCAGCUCGUUACCUGUAUAAAAGACACCUGGGAGCCAGAAAUCUUUCUGAUUGAGAGGGGGUCAAAUACUUAUUUCCCUCAUUAAAAUGCAAAUCAAUUUAUAACAUUUUUGACAUGCGUUUUUCUGGAUUUUUUGUUGUUGUUAUUCUGUCUCUCACUGUUCAAAUAAACCUACCAUUCAAAUUAUAAACUGAUAAUUUCUUUGUCAGUGGGCAAACGUACAAAAUCAGCAGGGGAUCAAAUACGUUUUUCCCUCACUGUAUUACAUUACUUUUGACCAGAGCCUAGUCAAAAGUAGUGCACCAUAUAGGGAUUAGGGUGCCAUUUGAAACACAGCCUUAGUGUAUGGGAGGAUGGCUCCCAGAUGAUGGAAGUGACUGGUCCAGGUUCUCUCUCUCUCUUUCUGUCAGGGUGUAAACACUUAGCACUGCGAUGGCUGAAGGAAGGAUUUAUUAUACACUGGUUUGCAUCCCAAAUGGCACCCUAUUCCCUAUAGUGCAUUACUUAUGGGCCAUGGAGAGACCUAUAGGGCUCUGGUCAAAAGUAGUGCACUAUAUAGGGGAUAGGGUGCCAUUUGGGACACAUUCACUGACUCCAGGGCCUGCAUAUGUUAGCCAUCGCUCUCUUUGUUUGUCUAACAGCACUGACCCAAGUAUGGUCUUCCUCUAUCUUUAUUGAAAACGUCUGUCACAAUCGGGCCUUAAGCGAGAGGCACCAGCGCUUUAUUAAAACAGGUCUAAGCUGCUCUCAGAUGAGUGGGUUGGAGGAAAGACUUCCCUGGCCUCCCGUGUUUAUUUUCACAUCGAAACGUAGGCCUAUAUGGGCCGUUUAGCACAUGCCGUGGUAGAGAAGGACCAUGAGAAACUUCUCCAAUAUUCCUAAGUCUGCUCCCUCUAACGUAGGGCUUAUACCAUGUUCCAACAAUAGUUCUCAGCCUGCACCAGGGGAGAGUGGGAAAGAGAGAGGGGGAAAGUGAGAGAGUUAGGGGGAAAGUGAGAGAGAGUGGGAAAGUGAGCGAGAGAGGGGGGGGGGGGAGUGAGAGAGAGAGAGAGAGGGGGGGGGGUGAAAUAGAGAGAGAGAGUCAGGGGAAAUAGAGAGAGAGACGGGGAAAGAGAGAGGCAAGAGAGAGAGUUAUGGUUUUACAUUCCUGCUCAGCCCCCUUUUCUUCAGACUCAAACAAUUGCCACUUUGUGUCUCUGUGGAGAGCCGGAGUUGGAGGUCAUUGCCUCCACUUUACAUAUGCAGGCCCAGUGCAUUCCUCUGGGCAGCUCUCAGCCAAUAGACAGCCAAGGAGGAAGAUUUCCAUUCCAAAAAGUCCCCAAGAAUGUAUCAGCCUUUGAUUUGUUUCCAGGAUGACCCCUCCGGAGCGCGCACUGCUCCCCACUCAUCAGAGCUCCCCACUCUCUACCUCUUUCUCUCUCUUUGCUAUCUCUCUCUUUCCCCCUGUUUUCCCUGCUCUAUUGCUCUCUCUUCUUACCCCCGCUCUCUUUCCCUGCUUUAUUUAUCUCUCCCUGCUUUCUCUCCUCUGUUUCACUCUGCUCUCUCUCUCCCUCUCCUCUAUAUCCCCCUAUUCUCUGUCCUCUCUCCUCUCUUUUCCUCUCUCCCCUGCUCUCUCUGGAUCUGCGCUGCAGCUGGUAGUACUUAGUGAGGAGUGGGGUGUUUGUGUAUGUGUGUACGUGACUGUGUGUGGGGGUGGGGGGGGGUCAGGGAGUCUGCGCAGUACCCCUCGCACUUGCUCUGCUUUCCACACAAACACACAAAGGGGCUCCUCCCUAAUAAAAACACUCUGUUUCUCAUCUCCACAUGUGCCAAACACACACACCACCGGCCCCCAGCCCAGUAUUACGGGCCCAGAGAAGCCCUGGCAAUGGGAACGUCCCUGUACCUCUCUCGCUCUCUCUCUCUCCCUUUCUCUCUCUAUCUCUGUGUUUCUAACACUGAGUCUAGCUCUGUUUGUUUCCUCCCUGAUAGAUACAGAGUGCAUCCCAAAUUGCACUCUAUUCCCUACACUAUGCACUAUGGACACAGCAUGGAAAGGGAAGGAAAGGCCCCAGCCAAACUGGGUGGAUAUGGAUACUGGGAGCCUCUGUCUCUGUCAUUGGUGAUGCAAUGAUUUCACUCUCUGUCAUCAGGGAGAUUGUUUUCUUCCUCUGAACUAGUAGUGAUCAACAUUGGUUCUUCUGGGCGUUGAUUACGAAUGCUGCUAGCGAGCCCCGUCGCUCACGCUUUCGUGCUUUUUGUAUUCCUCCUCCUCCUCACAGCUGUUGCGCAACAGGCUGCAGGGCUUUUGUUUGGAGUCGAGCGAGAGAGAGAGAAAGAGAGAGAGAAAGAGAGAGAGAGAGGGGCCCCUCCUCAAAAACACUUGUGUCACGUUGUGUAUUCACAUGCAGGUCAUGUCAAACACUUCAGUCCCCCGAGCAUUUUCUCCUGGCGGUAAAACCACGGUAACAGCACACAGGACUAGAAUGGAUCUAUGGUCGAUGUGUGUAAAGGGCCCGGCAGCUCAAACACAAGCCAGGACCAAUUUAAUGAGUUGAUUAUAGCUGCAUCCCAAAUGGCACCUUAUUCCCUAUAUAGUGCCUACUUUUGACCAGGGCCCAUAAAAAAGUAGCGUACUAUAUAGGGAAUAGGGUGUCAUUUGGGAUGCAGGAGAUUAUAUCGUACCAUAAGGAGGAACUGCCUUUUCCGGAAAACCAGGGAAUUUAUUGAAAGUUCCCAGAAUUUUGCAACCCUAUUCAAGACAAGAAAGCACACACAUUUUCUUCAGGACAUUUCCUUUUCAGAAUGGCAGCGGUGGGGUCUGUUGUAUGAUUUAGGAUUUAUAACCCACCAGAUCAGAGUGAUGAAAUGUUAAUAAUAAUUCCCUUUUUUUGCCCCCAGAAAUUCAGACGGAGAGUGCAGGAGUCCACCCAAGUCCUGAGAGAACUGGAAAUUUCAUUAAGGACAAAUCACAUAGGGUGGGUAGUAAUUGAUAUGUGUGUGAAUGUGAAAGUCUUGCUUCCCAAAUGGCACCCUAUUCCCUAUGGGCCUGUUGAAACGUAGUGUACUAUAAAGGGAAUGCCAUUUGGGACGCAUCCCAGGUCAGCUGUGGUCCCAGGGAGUAAUGAAGCCAGGAUGCAUGCUGGGAGCUAUAGGCAGGAUAAGGGACUACAACAGGAUAAGGGACAGCAGGAAGCAGUGGGGCUGAUGGGACUGGGGCAAGGUCACUGGUGACACGGCAGGCACCACUGACAGACAGCUGUGAGGGACAGGAAGACAUAGGUUGCGUCCCAAAUGCCACCCUAUUCCCUACCUGGGCCCUGGUCAAAAGUAGUGCACUACAGAGAGAAUAGGGUGCCAUUUGGGAUGCUGCCACAGAAAGGAGACCAGACAGCCACAGUCCUGUACCAUGACAACACAUCACACAGACGGUGUAGGCCGUCAUUGUAAAUAAGAAUUUGUUCUUAACUGACUUGCCUAGUUAUUUUUUGUACCUUUAUUUAACUAGGCAAGUCAGUUAAGAACAAAUUCUUAUUUACAAUGACGGCCUACACCAGGCCAAACCCGGACGACGCUGGGCCAAUUGUGCGCCGCCCUAUGGGACUCCCAAUCACGGCCGGUUGUGAUACAGCCUGGAAUCAAACCAGGGGGUCUGUAGUGACGCCUCAAGCACUGAGAUGCAGUGCCUUAGACCACUGCGCCACUCGGGAGCCCAUUUUAGUUAAAUAAAGGUAAAAUAAAAAUCAAUAAAAAAAGACUCCAGCUAGCCAGGCACUAUAACACAACAACAGUCACAGGAUCUCAGGGUCCCAACAACACCAACACACUCACACUCUCUCUCUCUCUCUCUCUCUCUCUCUCUCUCUCUCUCUCUCUCUCUCUCUCUCUCUCUCUCUCUCCUUCACUCACUCUCACUCACUCACUCACUCACUCACACACACACACACACACACACACAUUGAACCACAAAACCGAGUCACGGUGGAGGAGGUCUGUCUCCCAAAACAAAGCCAGGAGGGGAGGCAUUGUUUACGUGGAUUAUCUUGUGCCUUGUUUUAGUGACCUUAUGUCGCUAAACUAGAUUACAUUAAUAAUCUACCUAAUCUAGAUAAGAUAAUGAAGCCUUAUCUUUUCCCAGAGAGAGAUGGAGGGAGGGGGAGAGAGAGAGAGAGGAGAGGGGAGGGAGGGAGGGUGGCGUUUAUAAAGAGGGGGAGGGCAGAAACCAGAAGAAAACAGUGUGAUGACCAGUAGGCAACAUAACAAUCAGUCCUUUUUCAGAGGAGAAGACACAUCUUGCAUCUACAGAUAGUGGAGAUACCCUUUUCUCAGUAGCACUGAGUACAACACUGCCUUUCAAUUGCUUUCACCUCGUUCAAUUGUUGACAAGAUACAUUGUCAUAUUCUACAUCAAACUGUUGUUGUUGUCGUGUGGUCAUGAUUACCGUGUGCCUGUUUAAGGUCAGGUCACACCUCCACACCUUAGAUAUGUCCCAAAUGGCACCAUAUUCCCUUUAUAAUACACUACUAUAAAGGGCCCCAUGCCCUUAAAAGGAACCAUUUUUAUUAGCAACACAAGUCAGAAUGUAGCCACACCAUAGUCAGACUGAGAGGUCCAGUUCAUUAGGGCGCAAUUCUGCCCUCCAUGUUUCAAUCCAUUUUCGUCCCUUUAGUGCCUAAUGAAUGCAACCCUGCCCUCCGACGAGCAUGUCCCUUGUUAGUGAUCAUCACAGUACUUCUAAAGGCUUGGCUGUGUGUCAUUCUGUUUAUCCGACGCAAAUUCUCUGUAAUCACGGUGCAAUCCCAGCCCGUUAAAGUAAUUGGCCCCGACGCUGGUGGAUCGCUAAUAAAGAAAGAUACUCUGUGAGUGAGUCCCUUGCUCAUAAAUAUGGAAAGGAGAGAGAGGGAGAGAGAGAGAGGGGAGUGACUGUCAUUAGUCAAACAUGCUGUAUUGUCUCUCAAAAAGACGGCUCUGCUUUCCCUCACUGUCAAGUGCAAAUGAAAGCGCCAGCAUGCUGAAUAGGUGGCCCACUUUUGCACUGGUGUCGGUGAGAAAGCUAGAAAUUGUAUUUUGAUCAGCGUCAAGGCCCUCCCUGGUAGGGAGGAGAGGGGAGCUGCCUGCCUGUGUGUGUGUGUGCCUGUGUGUGUGUGUGUGUGCGUGCGUGCGUGUUGCCGUAUUCCAGGGUACCACCAAGGCUUUGAAGUCCCCAACCGGCUCAUUACUAUUCCUCCCAGUGACUGAUGGGAAGAGAGUGAGAGAAAUGUCUGGGAAAUCUAAAAUCUCUCUCACUCUCUCCUACUAACUCUCUCUCUGGCUCUCUUACCCUUUCUCUCUCUCUCUCUCUCGCUCUCGCUCUCGCUCUCGCUCUCUCUCUCUCUCUGUUACCCCCCUCUCUCUAUGCCAGGACUUAUUUCAAGUGUUUUAUUAUAGCUAGAUCAUGUUUCAAACCCUUAUCACUUGACGUGUAUCUCAAUUAUAAAAUGGCUGAAUCCCAGACAAUUCUAUGUGUCUAAUGUUUGUGAUUUGUCUCUCACUGUGGACCUACAUACUGUCUGUGUGAGCCUAAUAUUGUUAUUGGACUAACACUGUGUGUUAUUUCUCAUUCUAGGUGGGUGAGAGAAUUCCUAAACGAAGAAAACAAAGGUCUGGAUGUACUGGUGGAAUAUCUUUCUUUUGCACAGUACGCUGUCACGUAAGUCACUCUGGCUCUUUUCACUCUAUAGAUGCCCUCGUAUAACGCAGGCCAGACAAUGAGCACAAUGGCCCUUUUCUGCCUAAUCAGUGAUGCAUCUCCUCGACACUGCUGCUACUGCUGCCUCGUUCUCAGAAACACUGAGUCACGGAUCGAAUGUGGUGACCGAACGGCUCCCGAGACACUGGACACAUCCCAAAUGGCACCCUAUUCACUAUAUAGUGCACUACUUUUGACCAGAGCCCUGUGGGACUCCCUACAUGCCCUGGUAAAAGUAGUGCACUACAUAGGAUAUAGGGUUGCCAUUUGGGACAUAGACAUUUGCUCUGUUUGGCAUAUAGAUUAUAUUCAUAGAUGGCGUGAUCACAAGGUUUCCAUUCAGAGCCAAUGGCAUUUUUUACGUGGCAGUUACAUUUUAAAUGUACUUUUAGACCCUAUGUUAUUAGUCUGUCCAACGCGUAUCAAAUGGUUACCCCAUCAAUGAGUGUUUACCUUGAUUCGCUUGGUACAAGUUAGUCCCCUGCCUUUCCAUUAGAAAAUAGCCACAUAUAUUCCAUAUGUUUCACUUAAGCAGAAUUUUUAUACACUUCUACCUACUUUGAUAGUGUGUUAAACAGACUAGGGUUGUGCCCCAAAUGGCACUCUAUCCCCUAAAUAGUUCACUACUUUUACUACCUAUUGGCCCUGGUCGAAACUAGUACACUAUAAAGUGAAUAAGUUGCCAUUAGGGACACAGCCAUUGUUGGACUGUGAUCAGAGAGUACUGUGAUGUAUUAGGAUAUCUAAGUCUCCUGUCCUUUCCUGUGUGUUCCCCUCUCCAGGUUUGAUGGCGACAGCGUGGAGAACAACCCGGAGAACUCGGUGGACAAGCCCUGGAGCAGAUCCAUAGAGGACCUGCAUGGGGGGAGUAACCUCCCGUCCCCCAUCAACGGGAACAGCAUCUCCCGCGCCGGGCGACACUCCACGCUACGGUAAACCACAUACCUCAACACCAUACCUAGACUUGAAAAAUGUGGGUAAUCUUUUUACAAAUUCCCAGAUUUUCCAGAAAUCCCAGUUUGAAGUUUCCUAGAAUCAACAGGGGAAUAAGCAUGAAAUCCGGAAUCCUCCAACCAUGAUUUCUGGAAAACCUGGGAAUUUGGGGAAAGUUACUGGACUCUAACCAUACAUUACAGGCUAGAGGCUACUAUAAGGCUACACCACAAUGAUAACGUAGUCAUAAAUCUGUAUUUAAAACAUGAUAUGUUUGUUGAAUCUAUAAGAAAUGGUUUGAAAAGUCAUGAUUGUGGUUCACUUAGUCUGGAUUGUUAUAGUUCCCAAAUUUGAUGCUAUGGGUUCAUUCACGUGUUUGUAUUUGAUGGUUCUGAAAGCGCACACAUUUCAUGUGAUGUCUGAAAAGGCCGUUUUUUGUUGUGGUCAUGAGGCCCUAAAGGCUUUAAAUGGCUUAAGACACGUUUAAGUGUGGCACGGAUUGGCAGGAUAGAAGAUGUUAUCUUUGGAUAUGUCCCAAAUUGCACCCUAUUCCCUAUAUAGUGCUUUUGACCAGAGCCCUAUGGGCCCUGGUCAAAAAAAGUGCACUACAUAGGGAAUAGGGUGCCAUUUGGGACGGUCGUCUGACUCAUAAUUAUCCCACUGGCUGGCUGUUAUGGAAUAUGAUAUCUCUACCGCACAUCGCUGACAAUGGGGUUUUCGUAGCUACUGAACAAGCCGGAAAUCCCCCUUUUUCUAACACUAUCUUUUCCACAGGAAUUUUACAAAUAUGAUAUGUUAUGUGAUGAAUAUGAUACGAAUGAUACAUAUUUUUUAUAAUUGGGCCAACAUUGAGCAUUGAACAUUGAAAUUCUCAUCCUGUUUACCUUAAACCAGGGUCAUCUAGUUAUGCCUAUUUCUGACUCUGUGUGUUAAUCCCCGCUUUCGUUUCAAUGAUGUGCCAGUGUGUAAUUCCCAUUGAUUUCUCACAGACGGCUAAUCCUUUUGUCUGACUGUCAGUAACUCACAGGUUUUACAAGAACCGUUGCACAAAGGAAACCAUUGACAACAUAACAUGUAGCACAUGUCAUCUCAAUCCCAACCAGAGGUGGCUGGUGGGAUGAGCUAUAGGAGAGACGGGCUCAUUGUAAUGGCUGGAAUGGAAUCAAUGGAACGGUAUCAAACACAUCAAACAUAUGGAAACCACAUGUUUGACAUCAUUCCAUUUAUUCCAUUCCAGUCAUUACAAUGAGCCCAACCUCCUAUAGUUCCUCCCACCAGCCUCCACUGAUCCCAACAUUAUCCUAACUCACAUAUAGUGGAUUAAGCUACAUUCAUUUUCAAUUAAUCUCAACUCACUACACAUGAGCUUCUUCUGUUAGGCUAGUGGCUGCAUCCCAAAUGGCACCCUAUUCCCUAUAUAGUGCAAAACCUUGACCAGAGCCCUGGUCAAACGUAACACAGUUAAUAGGGUGCCAUUUGGGAUGCAUCCAGUGUGUCGGUGUACUGGCACGUAUGUACAAGGGGCUGUGGGGCUACAGUGUUAAUACUCAUGUCUAGCAGAGUUGAGAUCAGAUGGAAGAUCCUAUAGGAGACUGAGGCUAUGGGUGCGUCCCUAUUGUCUAUAUAGUGCUAUACUUCUGUAGUAGUGCACUAGGGUGCCAUUUAAGAUGCACAUACAGUGCAUUCGGAAAUAAUUCAGACCCCUUCCCUUUUUCCACAUUUUGUUACGUUACAGCCUUAUUCUAAAAUCGAUUAAAUUAUAUUUUUUCCUCAUCAAUCUACACACAAUAUCCCAUGAUGACAAAGUCAAAACAAGUUUGUAGAAAUUUUUGCAAAUGUAUUAAAACUAAAAAACAGAUAAAACAGAUAAACAUAAGUAUUCAGACCCUUUGCUAUGAGACUCGAAAUUUAGCUCAGGUGCAUCCUGUUUCCAUUGAUCAUCCUUGAUGUUUCUACAACUUGAUUGGAGUCCACCUGUGGUAAAUUCAAUUGAUUGGACAUGAUUUGGAAAGGCACACACCUGUCUAUAUAAGGUCCCACAGUUGACAGUGCAUGUCAGAGCAAAAACCAAGCCAUGAGGUCGAAGGAAUUGUCCAUAGAGCUCAGAUACAGGAUUGUGUCGAGGCACAGAUCUGGAGAAGGGUACCAAAACAUUUCUGCAGCAUUGAAGGUCCCCAAGAACACAGUGGCCUCCAUCAUUCUUAAAUGGAAGAUGUUUGGACCACCAAGACUCUUCCUAGAGCUGGCCACCUAGCCGAAAUGAGCAAUUGGGGGAGAAGGGCCUUGGUCAGGGAGGUGACCAAGAACCCGAUGGUCACUCUGACAGAGCUCCAGAGUUCCUCUGUGGAGAUGGGAGAAUCUUCCAGAUGGACAACCAUCUCUGCAGCACUUGAUGGUAGAGUGGCCAAACGGAAGCCACUCCUCAGUAAAAGGCACAUGACAGCCUGCUCGGAGUUUGCCAAAAGGCACCUAAAGGACUCAGAACAUGAGAAACAAGAUUCUCUGGUCUGAUGAAACCAAGAUUGAACUCCUUGGCCUGAAUGCCAAGCGUCACGUCUGGUAGUGGCAGCAUCAUGUUGUGGGGAUGUUUUUCAGUGUCAAGGCUGGGAGACUAGUCAGGAUCAAGGGAAAGAUGAACGGAGCAAAGUACAGAGAGAUCCUUGAUGAAAACCUGUUCCAGAGCGCUCAGGACCUCAGACUGGGGCGAAGGUUCACCUUCCAACAGGACAACGACCCUAAGUACACAGCCAAGACAACGCAGGAGUGGCUUCGGGACAAGUCUCUGAAUGUCCUUGAGUGGCCCAGCCAGAGCCCGGACUUGAACCUGAUCGAACAUCUCUGGAGAGACCUGAAAAUAUCUGUGCAGCGACGCUCCCCAUCCAACCUGACAGAGCUUGAGAGGAUCUGCAGAGAAGAAUGGGAGAAACUCCCCAAAUACAGGUGUGCCAAGCUUGUAGCAUCAAUCCCAAGAAGAAUCGAGGCUGUAAUCGCUGCCAAACGUGCUUCAAUAAAGAACUGAGUAAAUGUCUGAAUACUUAUGUAAAUGUUAUAUGAUGUAAAUGUUAUAUGUUCUUAUACAUUCGCAAAAAAUUCUAAAAACCUGUUUUUGCUUUUUCAUUAUGGGGUAUUGUGUGUAGAUUGAUGAGGGGAAAAAACAAUUUAAUCCAUUUUAGAAUAUGGCAGUAACGUAACAAAAUGUUGAAAAAGUCAAGGGGUCUGAAUACCUUCAGAAUUCACUGUAUGUGAAUGUGAGCUGUAUGAAGGUGACAGUGACAGCUGUGAUGUUGACUGGUGUUCUGUCCUGGCCUUCGUCCUCUAGUCUGCUACUCUGUGCUCCACUCUUCAGCAGCAGCAGGCAGGUCUACUUACGGUGUCGCUCAUGGUGCUGUCUGAUAGUUCUAGAUGCCUGCAGCACCCCCAAACCCCUCGCGCCCCCCACCUCCACCCACCUUGCUCCCCUGCGUAACGCAUUAUGGCGGUGCUCAAAAUCACAUUUAGAUCAUUGUAGUUAUAAUUAAAUUAAAUAGAACGAUGUUCUUAUACCAACAUGACAGGUUUUAUUGAAAAGCACAAAAUUGCCCGUUGUGGCUUCAUCCCUGCUAUAAAUCAUGAAUGAAUAUCAUUUAAAAAAUGAAAAAAAAACAUUUAGCCUAGAAGAACAAGUCUCCUACACAACUUCAAAAUACAAUAUUUGUGUAAUGUAAUUUGCCAACGACCUGUCCUAUAGGCUGUUUGUAUGAAAAUUGUAAUUAAUAAAUAACAAAACACAGCUGUUUUCAAAUAUAAUCGAGGCCUCGGCAUGAACACCAGGGCCGGCCGGUCAUGUAAUUUGAACUUUUGUGGGGUUGUGACUCGUGUCAUGUGUGAUAUACAUGGCUUAUUGAUAACAACUCUGUUUCCUACUAUAGGCAGUUGGCUGCCUAGUGAUUGCAGCAUUGUAACUGUCCGAUGUGAAAAGUGGCAAAACAUUUUCCUUUCCAAGCGCUAGUGAAUAAGCUCAACUCAAAUGCACCAAUCUCCCAUGAUACACAUCAUUACUCUACUCUAUCAAUCCAUUCCAAAUCUUUAUACUAUACAUGACACAGUGGCGGCAUAUGUUGAUCUUGCCUAGGGCGGCAGCAGAACUGCCAGGACUUGGCCUGACCAACACAAUCAUUUGCCUCUAAUUUACUUGCGUUUGCGGUGGACCUUGGCCUGCUCAAAGUCAGCUGCUGCUGUUGGGAAGUCAAAACUGUCCAACUCCUUGGAGCAGCUUGAUGCACAUCAGCCUCAUUACUUUGUCCUUAAGAAGGCGUGAUCAUGAGGCUGUCUUUACUCUGUUUUGGAGAAAGAAUCCCCUCUCGGCAGUCACACUGGAAACGGGGAUAAUCAACGCAAUCUUCGCCAAUGCUGCCCAGUCGGGGUACACUUAGCUGAAGUCCCUUGUGAGGACAUUGCGUCUUUAAAGUGAGUUAAAAUAGAAACACACCCGACACUAAUUUCCAAGCAGCUUGUGGAUUUAUUAGCCUAUGAAGUAUAUUUGCCUUUGAUGUUGGAGCACAUGAACUGGUAUUUCCAUCAAUGAAUAAAAAGCAUUAUUUUGCAAUGGAUUUCUUUUUUCUCCCGGACAAUUUGGCCAACAAAUAUUUUAUUUAUCGGCUUUUGAAAAAAAUAUCGGCCAUUUACCGGCUACCAGAAACCCUGACACACACCCACCCACACACACACACACACACACCCUACCUGCUUCCAUACCAAGCUGUGGCCCAGUGUGUGAAGGGGAGGGAGGGGGGAGUUAGGCCUAUUUGUCCUGCUGCUACUACCUCUAUUGUGCUUACUGUAGAAAUUUCAUUUCGGUUCCCAUUUAGAGCAAAUGGCUGUUUGUACUGGCAUUGUUUCUGGCCCCCUCUGUAUAUUGCUAGUGGUUCAAUUAGUAACUGGCUAUAAACCAAACCCUUCUGUACUUUGGAUGUAUAAGAAACAAUUCUGUAAUCUGUACUAUCAUUAUUUAGUUACCUCCUAACACAGACUGACAAGUCAAGGUAGUUAACACUAGCGUUAUUAGUAUUUAUUCAUAUUUCCAACAUACAGAAACUUAGCCUCGUUUUAACAAUUUCACCCCUUCCAAGUCAAUCAUUGUUGUCACUUUUCUGAUGUCAUAUUAAGAAUUCUAUGUAUUUUUCUUAAAACCUUACUGCACACUUGAAGGACACCAAGCUCUUUGAAAUGCCCAAAGUGUUCUCAAGGACGAUGGUAUGUCUUCUGUUUUUCCCCAGAGCUCCCUAGAAAUAUUUAGGCUAGCCUACUGUAGUUUAUGGUUGUGUUUGUCAAUGUGUUGUUGUACUGUAGUGAGAUGUGAUUUAGAGUAUAUGUGUGUCCCAAAUGGCACCCUAUUCCCUAUAUCAGGGGUAUUCAACUCUUACCCUACGAGGUCCGGAACCUACUGGUUAUCUGUUCUACCUUAAAUUAAUUGCACACACCUGGUGUCCCAGGUCUAAAUCAGUCCCUGUUUAGAGGGGAACAAUGAAAAAAUGCAGUGGAACUGGCUUUGAGGUCCAGAGUUGAGUUUGAAGGCCCUAUAUAGUGUACUACUUGGCCCUGGUCAAAAGUAGUACACUAUACAAGGAAUAGGCUGCCAUUUGGGACUCAGCCUUAGACUAGGUAGCUGUAGUGUUGAAAUAACAUCCAUGAAAACAUAGCUCGAAGCCUUUGGGGAACUUUAAUUGGGUGUAAGUUGGUACACCACUACCAGGCCUGUCAAAGCAAGCCUACCAUGCCUACAUUGCAACAGGGUGAAUGACUGUCUCGUUUUACUCAUAGUCAUGUCAUCACACAUCAUUUCAUCUGUAUGAUUAAGAGACAAUGGACUCUCAAGUCACUGAAAGCAUCCCAAAUGGCACCCUAUUCCCUAUGUAGUGCACUACAUUUGACCAGAGCCCUGGUACAGUGAGGGAAAAAAGUAUUUGAUCCCCUGCUGAUUUUGUACGUUUGCCCACUGACAAAGAAAUGAUCAGUCUAUAAUUUUAAUGGUAGGUUUAUUUGAACAGUGAGAGACAGACAGAAUAACAACAACAAAAUCCAGAAAAACGCAUGUCAAAAAUGUUAUAAAUUGAUUUGCAUUUUAAUGAGGGAAAUACGUAUUUGACCCCCUCUCAAUCAGAAAGAUUUCUGGCUCCCAGGUGUCUUUUAUACAGGUAACGAGCUGAGAUAAUCUCAGCUUGUUACCUGUAUAAAAGACACCUGUCCACAGAAGCAAUCAAUCAAUCAGAUUCCAAACUCUCCACCAUGGCCAAGACCAAAGAGCUCUCCAAGGAUGUCAGGGACAAGAUUGUAGACCUACACAAGGCUGGAAUGGGCUACAAGACCAUCGCCAAGCAGCUUGGUGAGAAGGUGACAACAGUUGGUGCGAUUAUUCGCAAAUGGAAGAAACACAAAAUAACUGUCAAUCUCCCUCGGCCUGGGGCUUCAUGCAAGAUCUCACCUCGUGGAGUUGCAAUGAUCAUGAGAACGGUGAGGAAUCAGUCCAGAACUACACGGGGGGAUCUUGUCAAUGAUCUCGAGGCAGCUGGGACCAUAGUCACCAAGAAAACAAUUGGUAACACACUACGCCGUGAAGGACUGAAAUCCUGCAGCGCCCGCAAGGUCCCCCUGCUCAAGAAAGCACAAGAGGAGUGGAACAAAUACCCUCCUGAGAUGUGUGCAAACCUGGUGGCCAACUACAAGAAACGUCUGACCUCUGUGAUUGCCAACAAAGGUUUUGCCACCAAGUACUAAGUCAUGUUUUGCAGAGGGGUCAAAUACUUAUUUCCCUCAUUAAAAUGCAAAUCAAUUUAUAACAUUUUUGACAUGCGUUUUUCUGGAUUUUGUUGUUGUUAUUCUGUCUCUCACUGUUCAAAUAAACCUACCAUUAAAAUGAUAGACUGAUCAUGUCUUUGUCCGUGGGCAAAUGUACAAAAUCAGCAGGGGAUCAAAUACUUUUUUCCCUCACUGUAAAAGGUAGUGCACUAUGUUCGGGAUAUAGAUUCUUUCCCCAAAAUGUGUUACUCUACCAAUUGUUCCCGCUGCCUGGUCUCAGGCUGAAGGCUGGAGAUAUUUUUGUGUAAUGAGGGGAAAGAAGACAAAAGCUUAGUUCUUGAAGAACGCCGCCAUCGCCUGCUGCUGUGAGGCUGCGUGUGAGGCAGCGUUCCAAUUCUGUCACCGUCUCGUGAAGCGAGCUCAUUUAUUUGAGGACACUUGUUUUUUUGCCACAUGCACCUAAAUAGAACAAAGUCACACGCACACACACACACACACACACACACACAAAGACAAACAAAGUUACGCAUACACCCACAUAUUGUUUCGCUAUUUUACAUUUACUACACGCAGACGUCAUAACUGGUUGCUCAAUAGCUCACAUUCAUGUAAUCAGUGAGAAGUGCCAGACCAUGAAGACCAAUCGUCGACUGUGGUUUACUAGAUUGUUUAGACAACACAUUUUUGCCAAUGCCGUGACUGAAGACUGGCCCUAAGGCAUCAGUGCUAACAUAAAUCAGUGUUUGUGUGCAUCGGUAGCCUCAAGGAACCUUUUCCCAAAACCAUGGCUAGUAGUUAGAGCCUUGUGACAGCGCUGAAAAUAUCUCAAGUUUUAUGUCCCUGGCUGGACUGAGCUUCAGUAACACACACACACACAUACAUGCACGCACACACACACCCACACCCACUCUCAGCGGCCGGUGUGCUACUCAAGCACUCUCCUUUCAUUGUGAGAAAGGUGUCAGCGGGAAAGGCUCCAUCCACUCUUUGCCGUUUUAUCUUCACAAAGCCGGCAUGAUCACCGCCAUGCAUGCAAAUGACUUGCUGCCAUUGUACUAGCUGUAAGUGAUAUCUUUGUGCGGGAUAGUUCAAUUAAAACAAUCACACAGGCUCCCCUUUGCCCUCUGAGUAAGGCAGUAGAUUACACAACUCUGUGUGUCCUUGUACCGAGUUUAAUUUCUACAGUUCACAGAUUACAUCUGUUUUCUUGUUUACUGUGUGUCUUUGUUUGUAUUGAUUCAGACUAAAGGUGCUUACUGUGAAAACUCUCCUGUAUCCGUAUGUUUCAGUUGCAACACGUUGCCAAGCCAGAGAACUCUAAAGAACUCCCGACUGGUCUGUAAAAAGGACGACGUUCACGUCUGCAUCAUGUGCCUGCGAGCCAUCAUGAACUACCAGGUGAGUCUCUCUCUCCAGUCCCCAUGCUAACCCAAUACAUAGAGUACCUCCUAAAUGGUACCCUAUACCCUAUUUAGUGCACUACUUUUGACCAGGGCCCAUAGUGCCCUGGUAAAAGGUAGUGCACUAUAACAUUGGGGCCCAUAGAGCUCUCGUCAUAUGUAGUGCACUACAGUGCAUUCGGAAAGUAUUCAGACCCCUUGACUUUUUCCACAUUUUGUUACGUUAGACUUAUUCUAAAAUUGAUUAAAUUACAUUUUUUCCUCAUCAAUCUACACACACCCAAUAAUGACAAAGCGAAAACAGGUUUUUAGAAUUUGUUGCUAAUUUAUUAAAAAAAAACUGAAAUACCUUAUUUACGUAAGUAUUCAGAUCCUUUGCUAUGACACUCGAAAUUGAUCUCAGGUGCAUCCUGUUUCCAAUGAUCAUCCUUGAGAUGUUUCUACAACUUGAUUAGAGUCCACCUGUGGUAAAUUCAAUUGAUUGGACAUGAUUUGGAAAGGCACACACCAGUCUAUAUUAGGUCCCACAGUUGACAGUGCAUGUCAGAGCAAAAACCAAGCCAUGAGGUCAAAGGAAUUGUCCAUAGAGCUCCGAGACAAGAUUGUGUCGAGGCACAGAUCUGGAGAAGGGUACCAAAAAAUGUCUGCAGCAUUGAAGGUCCCCAAGAACACAGUGGCCUCCAUCAUUCUUAAAUGGAAGAAGCUUGGAACCACCAAUACUAGCCGCCCGGCCAAACUGAGCAAUCGGGGGAGAAGGGCCUUGGUCAGGGAAGUGACCAAGAACCCAAUGGUCACUCUGACAGAGCUCCAGAGUUCCUCUGUGGAGAUGGGAGAACCUUCCAGAAGGACAACCAUCUCUGCAGCACUCCACCAAUCAGGCCUUUAUGGUAGGCACCUAAAGGACUCUCAGUUGUAAAUGAGAACUUGUUCUCAACUGGCUUACCUGGUUAAAUAAAGGUGAAAUAAAAAUAAAUAAAUAAAAAAGACAAUGAGAAACAAGGUUUUCUGGUCUGAUGAAACCAAGAUUGAACUCUUUGGCCUGAAUGCCAAGCAUCAUGUCUGUCAUGUCUGGAGGAAACCUGGCACCAUCCCUACAGUGAAGCAUAGUGGUGGCAGCAUCAUGCUGGGGGGGAUGUUUUUCAGCGGCACGGACUGGGAGACUGGUCAGGAUCGAGGGAAAGAUGAACGGAGCAAAGUACAGAGAGAUCCUUGAUGACAACCUGCUCCAGAGCACUCAGGACCUCAGACUGGGGCGAAGGUUCACCUUCCAACAGGACAACGAUCCUAAACACAGGAGUGGCUUCGGGACAAGUCUCUGAAUGUCCUUGAUUGGUCCAGCCAGAGCCUGGACUUGAACCCAAUCAAACAUCUCUUGAGAGACCUGAAAAUAGCUGUGCAGCGACGCUCCCCAUCCAACCUGACAGAGUUUGAGAGGAUCUGCAGAGACAAAUGGGAGAAACUCCCCAAAUACAGGUGUGCUAAGCUUGUAGCGUCAUACCCAAGGGGUAUUGUGUGUAGAUUGAUGAGGGGGGAAAAAAACAAUUGAAUCAAUUUUAGAAUAAGGCUGUAACGUAACAAAAUGUGGAAAAAGUCAAGCGGUCUGAAUACUUUCCGAAUGCACUGUAUAUAGGGUGCCAUUUGGGACACAACCAUAGAUGGAGGGUUGAAGUAUAGACACACACCCUCAUCUAUCCUCGGCCAAAUAAAUAUAUCGUCUGCCAUGUUUUCCGCGACAGAUCAUUUCUCAAGUUUCCCUUUAUUAUGUAAAUGGAGUCACUCCCUGUUUAUUAACGAGCUGUCUUUCUUUUUCUCUCCUUCUCUCUCUCGAUCCAUCUAUUUUUGAUGACCCAGUACGGCUUCAACAUGGUGAUGUCCCACCCGCAUGCUGUGAAUGAAAUUGCACUAAGUCUCAACAAUAAGAAUCCCAGGUAAAAUGGAAGCGUUGGGUUGGAUGGGCCCACGGUGCCUGGUGCUAAACAGCUCCUCUGGGUGCUUAUUUUUCAAGCGUCUCCGAGGAGUAGCGGUGAUAUAGGAUCAGCUACCCCGUCCAUAUAUUAUCGUAUUCAUUAUGAUCUAAAAGGCUAAACUGAUCGUAGAUCAGCACUACAGGCCUACCUCCCCUUAUGACUGCACCAGCUCUGUCAACUGCUAAUAGAGCCAGUGCACAUUCUCUUUCAACACCCUGUCCAAAGUGUGCGUAAAGCCAGUAUCCAGUGCUAACUCAUUCAGCAAGCCAACCAGCCAUCUAGACAUCCAGGGAGGCAGGCAGGCAGGUCAGGCAGGUAGGCAGGUCAGGCAGGUCAGGGACCACUGGCAGCUGCACAGAGCACCAGGCAACAGGAAGGGCCCUUUAUUCAGGCGCCUGGCUUUUGUUUAUUGAAGUGUGUUUGUGUGGGUGUGUGUGUGUGUGUGUGUGUGUGCUUGUUUGCAUCCGCCUGCAUCAUGGCUGAGCUUGUGUUUCUGCGUAGCGUGUAUGUCUUUGUGUUUGCAUGCGUGAAUAGAAUAGAAUAGAAAAUAAUAGAAUACGUUUACUUUGAAUGAAUGAGCUAAUGGUACAGGGUGUCAUGUAAAAAUCUUCCCAGUGUGAAAUAGUUCCCAAUCGUUCUGAUUGUGUUGUGAUUGUGACGUCAUGUUGUAACAUUUCUCACAGGAAAAUGUUCCCAGUCAAUAAUUCCACGUGCAUCUCUUUAUCUGGAUGGCUGAUGUUUCUCUCCUGUAGCGCCUUUGCAAUCGCAAAAAAUCUCUCCUCACUUCAACCCUAAGCACUUUGACGCGCGUGUCCGGGUGUUUAUAUGCUGACCUCGCGCCUCAACAAGCUUCUGAUUGGUCAGUGUCAAUACUCCUGGCCACCAUUGAUUGACAGAUGUGUGAAGCAAAUGCGCGUGCCCACAGAACAGUUUUUCGAUGUCGAGGAAGGGUGUGAGAGAAACAUCAGCCAUCCAGAUAAAGAGAUGCACGUGGAAUUAUUGAACUGGGAACAUUUUCACACUGGGAGAAAUUGUACAGCAUGACGUCACAAUAACAACACAAUCAGAACGAUUGGGAACUAUUUCACGCUGGGAAGAUUUUUACAUGACACAGGGUACCACCUCAUCACUCAUAGGGAUUACGGCUGAGGGAUUCAUUCUGCUCUGUAUACCUUUCCUUUAAUCCCCUGCAUUAGACCAACAGACCUGCUUAUCAUAUAAUACUAUUGAAUUGACAUGUUCGAUCCAGCAACAUGAUCUGAUAAGACAACGUUAUGUAACCUUGGAUGGCACCCUAUUCCCUUCAUACUGCACUACAUUUGGCCAGGGUCCAUGGAGCUCUGGUUAAAAGUAGUGCACUAGAAAGGGAAUAGGGUGCCAUUUGGGACACAGCCCUAGUGGUAGAAAGGAUGCGACCCCUUUUCGUUAGGCAUCACUAUGGGUUUGCAUUGGCAGUGGCAUCACACCAGGUUAACCGAUCAUUGUUUUAUUUUCCUGCUUUCCCAGAACCAAAGCUCUGGUGUUGGAGUUACUAGCCGCGGUGUGUCUCGUCAGGGGAGGACACGAAAUCAUCCUCUCUGCGUUCGACAACUUCAAGGAGGUAUGGUGCGGGGGAUGCGCAGACAAGAAGAUAGCGCUAUGCUAUUAUACUAUGCUAAACAGUGUCAUUUCAUGUAGUUCACUUAGUGAGUCUUGUAGUAGAGGAAUGUUCUCAACAGCAGACCCGAGGUUGGUCAAUUCCUGUGGAGGAUUGCAUCUAGGAAUGCAGCACUGCCUAUAUCAAAGGCUAUAGACACGUUGCUCAGCAUCUCUCAGCUGGAAAGGCAGUUCACUGACCUCUCAGGCCCACAGAGAAAACAGUUUGUUUGUGAUUCAGCAGGCAAUACAGCCUGAUCAGGGGCCGUAUGAACCUAGUUUCGCAGAGUAGGAGUGCUGAUCCAGGAUCAGGUCCCCCCGUCCAUGUAAUCUUCAAUCUUCAGUAUGAUCUAGAAGGGAAAACUGAUCCAAGAUCAGCACUACUCUGAGACACUUGAUACAUACAUAUGCCCCCUGACCCUGUGUGUCUGCAUUUGUAUGUGUAGAGUAUUUGGGCUUCCGUAGAAAGGAGUGGGAGUAAGGUGGAGUAUGGAGUGGCCCUCUGUACAACAGUCCCAUUCGCAGGCCGGCUCUGGAAAAAUUGGGCUGACUGCAGUUAAUGCAAUAUUUACACCCAGAAUAAAAUAUAGAGCAUUACUCUCUAUUGUAUUUCACUGUUAUUAGAGGUGGACUAGCCAACUCUAAAGCUCAGAGCCGCUCCCCCAUAAACAGAAGGUAGAGACAUAGCCAUGUGUGCCGCUGCACUAUUAAAGUCAAUGGAUAGCGAUCGACCCUUCACAAUAUAUGUGGUUGAAACGGCAAUGUUCCAAAAAUAACUAUUAGAUUAUCUUAUUGGUCACAUUGUACAAUCGUUAUUGGUUGGCAGUAUGUGUCAUAUAAACUGUAAUAUAAAAACAGCGCUUUCUUUUUCUGCUUUUCUGUAGGGUUUUAUGCUAAAAUACAACUGAUAUAAAACAAGUGUUAUUUUGGCUUGCUUGAGUUGAGAUGGUGCUCAUUGCUCUCCCUCUAUGGGGAGGCUUGUUGUUAGGGGGCUCUUGACUCCCCGCCCUAUGGGUUAGAGGGGGUUGUUUGGAGUGGGGGGCAGGGUGCAGGCUGGGGCACAGAGCAUUGUGUGGAGGUCUGUGCAUAUGCACUCCUCUCUUCCCUCUCCUCCUCCUCCUCCUCUCCUUGGCUCUUUAUCUUUCCUCUGUCUGUCUGUCUCCCCUUCCAUGCCUUAAAGCGAUGUCUGAACUGCAGAGGUGCCUCCCUCUUCCCCCUACCACCCUCUCUCUCUCUUCUCUCUCUUCUCUCUCUCCCCUCUCUCUCUCUCUCUCUCUCCCCCCCUCCCCCCCCUCUCUCUCUCUCUCUCUCUCUCUCUCUCUCUCUCUCCCCCCUCUCUCUCUCUCUCUCUCUCUCUCGCUCUCUCUCUCCCUCCUCUCUCUCUCUCUCUCUCUCUCUCAGUGCUGCAUAUAUGGUAAUCACAGAGGGGGGAAAUAGGUUGUGAGUGUUACAAAGCCAGCCCUAUGCCAGGGGAGGUUCUGCUUGAUAUUUUAUCAGGGAAGGAUUCAAGAGUGAUGGGAGGGAGUGAGGAGACAGUACAGGGCUAGGUUUUAUAUAAGGCAGAGAUUAUGACGGAAACAUUUCAUUUCUCUUGCUAAGGUAAUACAUGCUGCAUUGCAAAUCCUGUAACACUUAACUUGAAGCAUCCAUGUAUAAUGCAUUAUGAUGCAGUUAUGAUGCAUUGUAAGACUUGUGAUGAGCAUUUACAUGUAGGCUUUGACCCGCUUAUAAUGUCUUAAACAUAUUUAAUGAUUCAGACUCAAUAGCAGCCAGUUUGAGACAACUGAAAAAUGUUAUGCAUAGAGAGACAUAACAGCCUUGUUAUAAUACGUUAUUAAGGCUCAUACAUGCUUAUAACAAGUCAUAAAGCGUUAUAUCUGGAUGCUCUAAGUACAGUGGUACAUAAAGAUUCAUUUCAUCACCUUUUGAGUCCAUGACUAAAAGUGAAUGAUUGAUUUUUCUUGCAGGUGUGUGCUGAGACACAGAGGUUCGAGAAGUUGAUGGAACAUUUCAAGGACAUGGAUAACAACAUUGACUUUAUGGUACACAACAUUUCCACUGGACUAGCCAUCGGUUGUUAGGUUACAUCAUAUCCUGAAAUCACAUUUUAUAACCAGACCCUGCCUGCCGUGUGUGCAUGAGAGGCCAACCAGAUGCCGUGUGUGUUUGAGUAGGCCUUGUGUGUCACAAGUCACAAGUCCGUUCUGAGCCAUUUGGUAGAGUGCCAUUCGUUUGACUCGAGCACGAAAGCGAACAGAUUUGUCAGACAGGGCUGGCAUCUCGCACCCAGUUGACUCCAAGUUCUUAAGGAAGUCCAUUAAGACAGUAUUAGCAGUGUGACAAGAAUGCACUGAUUCUGUGGCACUCCACUGGGUACAUUUAACACUGAAGUGUGUCCCAAAUGUCACCCUAUUCCCUAUGUAGUGCACUACUUUUGACCAGAGCCCAAUGGGAUUAGAGUGCUAUUUGGGAUGCCACCUGAAGUGAAUUCCUUUAUCUGCCCAUUUAGCAUGACGAAUGCAGCCACAUCAUUUCCAUACUCAUGCUCAUUUACACACUAAGACUUAUUCCCAAAUGGCACCCUACUCUCUUUAUAGUACAUGGAAUAGUGUAAUUUGGGAUGCACACUAUAUUACAUGGAUGUUUCGGUAUCAGUACAGUGAAAUAUCGCUGGAUGGGUGUUGUGCUUGUUGGUCCCUAUAGGUGGCAUGUAUGCAGUUCAUCAACAUCGUGGUCCACUCGGUAGAGGACAUGAACUUCAGGGUUCACCUGCAGUACAACUUCACCAAGCUCUGUCUGGACGACUACCUGGAUGUAAGUAGAUGGACACCAGCCAGAGUUGGGGUCAAUUAGGGCAGUGGCGGUCAUGACAUUUUGUCAGCCGGUUAUUGUCAUGCAAAAGACUGCCAGUCUCAUGGCAAUUGACCGUUAAUUAACAUGAACAUGUUUAGCAUCUCCAGGCCUCCACGCAUACAAGCCAUAUGCACUUUCACAAUACAUCCAUUAUUUAUUUUAGUCCGGUCUAAAGAAACAUUAUGAUAUGAAGAAAAUGUAUUUCAGAAGAACAGAAUAUGAGUUGGCCUACUGUAUGUUAUCUGGCUAUGCUCCAUGCCAUAGGCUGUAGGCUUGUUCAUUUAGCUGACAAGAUAUGCUUACAAGUCCUGUGACAUUAUUUUAUUUAUAUGGUUUUAUAGUAAGAAGAAUAUAAUUGAACUUAGCUGAAUAAAAUAGAAAGGAUAUUAUUCCCAUUAUGGAGCGAGUGCGCAUAUGAAGUGGCUAUGUUGAGCAUAAAAGUGAUCAUUUGAAACAGGUCCUAUAUGCUAGAUGUAGAGUUAUUUGGCAACUUUAGUUGUGAAUGAUACAAACCUUAGACUGUCUUAGAAAUCUAAACAUAUAGCUUGCACUCUGUUCCUCACCUCAGGCUGCACAGCUGUUCUCUCAUCAAGUGAUCAUAUUUUCACCCAUCAGACUAUUCUCAAUUUAAUCUGGUCUUUACUAAUAUGUCAAGUUAGUUUCGAUUUAGAAUUGGCCGUUAUAAAAUGGGCAGGAACCGGGUUCAGGGGAAAGGGAAUAGCGAAAAGGGAGGGCGCGCGCUUUCCCACUGGUCCGUUUUGUAGGCUACUUCGGUUUUAUAGCGGAAGAUGUGCUUAAUAUGAGCAGCUGAGAAAUAAAUAUAAGAAUACUUAUUUAACUCCACGCAUCAACCACUGUUUGAGGAGCAUGCUCUCGCUGCUCAACAGGUGAUAUUCUGCCCAAACUCUGUAUGCCUUGGGCUCUCCAACCUUGUUCCUGCAUCUACCCAGUGCUUAAUUUGGGAAACCAAGUGAAAUAUGUUCGGGAACAUCGAUAGUAACAUGUUUUCGCAACAAAACAUAUUUCACUAAACUGUUGACAGCCCCUCUGCAUGCUCGAGAAAGGAAUAAAGGAGAGAGAGUAGGAGAUGAAAAUGCAUGGUGGUGAGAUAUUCUGUAUAGAUAAAGGUAAUGUGCCACCCAAUUAAUUAUGAAAAUAUAAAAUAAAUCACAUUACUAGGCUAUUCAAAAUCAAAUACAAAUUCACUAAUUGUAGGCUAACUGUAAGCCGCCCUGCACAAUCAAUUAACCAACAGCAUCGCCUAGGGCUAUAGACGUUCUCUCCCAGACUCAUGGAUAGACAUUUUGGAGCGUAGCAUAAGGUAACCAGUCCAUCCAGUAUGCAUAAUAAUACAGUCCACACUCGAAGGCGAUUACUCAAAUUUGUUUAAUUUUGGAGUAUAGGCUAGACCAAUUAUGUACCAAAGACGUCUUAAAUCAGUUUUGUUUUAUGUUUUUCUGCCAUGUGUAAUAUGGGUAGGCUAUGUAUUGUGUAACGGCACAAUCCUCAUUUUAAUUCAGGUUUUUCUUUCGGGCUUGUGCUCAUAAACUUAUGCAUAUGCAUAAGCUCUAAUAUGCUGUUUAAGUUCUUUCUUCAAAUUGAUCAUCACAUGGUGAGUGAGGUGAGUUUUAAAAGUAUGAUAGGCCUACUGUUUUGAUGAUAAGUGUUUGAUGUGAUUUUCGAUUGCAUUUACAUUGAUGUCAGAGUGGUUAGAGGGACAAUAGAGCCCUGAGUAUCAGGCCAUUAGGACCUGAUGGUAGUUAGCAAGUUGGGUACUACCAAAGCAUGUCCAGAGUGCAUAAAAGGAGAUUACCAUGACUCAACGGUUAUGUGGAAUUUUACUGCGGUCAUGACUCAUGACUGCCGGUGUGGCGGUAAUACCGUAACCACAACAGCCCUCGAGUCAAUUCCAUUUCAAGUCAGUCAAUUCAGGAAGUAAACAGAAUUGCAAUGUUUUUUUCUCACAGAGAAGCAUUGAGGAGAAUUGGAAUUGGGAAUUAUUUUUACUUACUGAAUUGACUGAAUUGUGAAGGAAUUGACCCCAAACCUGCUAUAUAUCACAGGAAAUAUGUAGAGAAGCUAAUAAAAACACGCACUUAGAUAAUCAGCUCAGACUCUGAAACAAGGUCAAUACUCAGUUUUCCCUCUGUUUAGAAAGUGAGUUUAUUCUAUAGACCCUCGCCUUGACUGGAGAGGCUAAAAUCCAUCCUUGUCUUUGAGAUGCGACCCUGUGUGCAAUGCACUGGCCCAAUCAGUCCCUUUCCCUCCUCAGACCUGUCUGUCUGUCUGCCUGUCUGUCUGUUUGUCUGUCUAUCCAUCCGACUGCCUGCAUGUCUGUCUAUCUGUCGUUCUGGAUAAGAGUGUCUGCUAAAUUAUCUGCUAAAUGUAAAUCUAAUGUAAAUCUAAUGUGUCUGUCUGUCUGUCUGUCUGUCUGUCUGUCUGUCUGUCUGUCUGUCUGUCUGUCUGUUCUGUCUGUCUGUCUGUCUGUCUGUCUGUUCUGUCUGUCCUGUCUUGUCUGUCUGUCUGUCUGUCUGUCUGUCUGUCUGUCUGUCUGUCUGUCUGUCUGUCUGUCUGUCUGUGUGUGUGUGUGUGUGUGUGUGUGUGUGUGUGUGUGUGUGUGUGUGUGUGUGUGUGUGUGUGUGUGUGUGUGUGUGUAGAAGCUGAAGCAUACAGAGAGUGACAAGCUGCAGGUCCAGAUCCAAGCUUACCUGGACAACGUAUUUGACGUGGGCGCCCUGCUGGAGGACGCCGAGACCAAGAAUGCCGCGCUGGAGCGCGUGGAGGAGCUGGAGGAGAACAUGUCACAUGUGAGAAGAAACGACACCACACACAGACUUACUGUCUCUAUCUAAUACACUCUGACUGACUCUCUACAGAAGACUCUUGCCACCCUACAUGUUGACUUUUUGAUAACUCACUGCACCCGUCCCUUCUAUCUGAAUCCUCAAUCACUCGUUCAGUGACUUGACAUCCAUCCAUUAAUUCAUUAGUUAAUUAAUUAAUACAUGAAUUCACUACAAACACUCACUCUGUGUAUACGUGUCAUGUGAUCUGACUGACCCUCGACCUUUGCCCACCCAGAUGACGGAGAAGCUGCAGGACACGGAGAACGAGGCCAUGUCCAAGAUCGUGGAGCUGGAAAAACAGCUGAUGACGCGCAACAAGGAGCUCGACUCCGUCCGGGUGAGACUUCAGACUACUCACUCUGCUCCCUCAAUCAAUAGGGGAGAGGAGUUAAUAACGUUGACGGCAUAAUUCACUAGAGUGACAGUUUCUAGAAGAAAUGUUUUCCUGACCAAGAUGGACAAAUCUUUAGUCAUGUUGCUAGGAUGCCAGUUGUCCAUUCUACUUAUUCUUUAUGUAAUUCUAUGGCUGACGGACAGAGGUUGAUAAUCCUCUGAUCUGCAUGCAAUACAGUAACAUCUCUGUCUGUUCCCUGCCCCCCCCCCCCACCCAGGAGGUGUACAAGGACGCCAACUCGCAGGUUCACACACUGCGGCGGAUGGUGAAGGAGAAGGACGAGGCCAUCCAGAGGCAGUGCAACCUGGAGAAGAAGAUCCACGAGCUGGAGAAGCAGGGCACCAUCAAGAUCCAGAAGAAGGGCGACGGGGACAUCUCCAUCCUACCCUCGCCGCCCGCCCCCGGGGGCCCACUGGUGGCCGGAUUUAAGGGUGUACCAGGGGCCUAUAACGGGGGUGCGGUCUGCCCGAUGGGGUCGAAUGGGAUCCCGGGGAUGCCUGCGCCACCCCCGCCCCCUCCUCCUCUCCCACCGCCUGUGCCUGAGACUGGUAGGUGGAAUUCCGAGUUCAGACCAAUCCCGGCUUAGCUUACUGUUUAAUCACAGACGGUAGCUAAGCAGUCUGGACUGCUAGUUGCUAGUUUCACAACAUGCCCUUAAAUUUUUACUGUCCUAUUUUCUUAAGUGGAAUUUAAAGUACCGGUAUGCCGUUAGGCCAAGCUGUUCCAGCUCUGGCAUUUGAGUUGUAACAAAAACAGACACAGAGGCAGAGCUGGGGAAGCCAGCAGAGAGAGAGCGAGAGAGAGAAAGAGAGCAGAGCAGUCACAUGAGAGGAGUUUGUACUCUGCUGAUUGAGUCUCAAUGGGAGUCAGCACUUGGCAUGCUGUCAUCUCAAUUCCACGCUUACUUUCUCUCUCUUUCUCUCGCUCGCUCGUUCCCUCUCUGCUCCUGUUUGUUCAUCCUCUUCUCUAUUUCUCUCCCUCUAUUCCAGUGCCAAAUGGGUCAUUGGCUGGCCAUGCCGCUCCUCCCCCUCCCCCGCCUCCCCCGCCUCCCCCCGGCCCUAUGGAGGUGUCUGCCCCCCCGCCCCCGCCUCCACCCCCCAUGGCCCCCCCGCUGCCCGGCUGUGGAUCCCCCACCGUCAUCUUCAACUCAGGGUUAGCAGGUAAGGUCAUCCCACCCAGACGGCGCCCGUGUGUGAGACUGAAUGCGUCUCAAAUGGCACCCUAUUCCCUUUGUAGUGGACGUGGAUGAAUCACACUGUACCAGACAAUGAAAGAUGGGUUUUCACAAUACGCUUUUGUUCAAUCACUUUGGUGCUAUUUUCACAAGUAUGUGGUGAAUUUUCAAAACUCUUAAUACAAAACUCCAAACUGGUAACACUUAUUCAAAACCUUUUAUUGUGCAUACAUUUUGGUUGGAGACAUCUUUCACCACACAACCAUUGAUCCAAAAAAUAUGUUUACUGUGAAAUACCAUGAUAAAAAAUGUACCCAUCAAAAUGCCCAUAAUUUCUAUCCAAUGUCAAAGGUGAGAUUAUUGAAGACAUUUUUGAUGCAAAAAUAUAUUGUUCAGAUAUAAUUACAACAUGGUGUACUGUAUUAAAAUGAAACAAAUGAAAUUAAUGAAAUAAACUAAUUUUUGCAGCCACUAGUUUGCAUCAAGCCUGUCUUGAGCAUUUGGCCAUAGGUUCUCAUUGACAUUGCAGCAAAUGUCCUCAUUGUUCAUGCACCUGGAGAAAAACCUUUUGGCAUGGCAAAUCAUUGCAUGCCUCAUCCAUGGCCUGGAGGAGGGUGGCACACUCAUGGGGAUGGGGAUCAUGUGCAAUGUGAAACGUAUUUCUAGAUGAAACACUGAUUAAGUUUGAUGAAAAAAUUACUAUGUUUUUGUGUGUUGUACUUAGUCAAUUUAAAAUGUGCUUAGAGUUUUAAAACAACUGCCUUUUCGAUGAUCUGUUUUGAGUUUUACACUAAGCAUUGUGAAAAUGUACCACAUACUUGUGGAAAUUGCACACCAUGUGCUUUCCAAUGCUUCGAAAUUCACAAUCUUAAUCUACACUAUGUUGCCUCAUCAACUGAGCUGUGUGUGUGUGUGUGUGUGUGUGUGUGUGUGUGUGUGUGUGUGUGUGUGUGUGCGUGUGUGCGUCAGACUGACAGUAGCAGAACAGGAGCCAAGCCUCCUGAGAUCCUCUAGGCCUUUUGAACCCUGCUGAUAACUACAGUAUCAGUGUGUCUGAUGUUGGUUACUCACCGCUAUUUCAAGCUGCUUGACUUCCUGGAUAUCAGGGCGUGGAUAGCAUGGGUGACUCAGAGCGGAUGUGACAGCUAGUCAGGCCUCUUCUGACUCACUGACUGGCCUCCCCCUUAACCUAUCAUUGUGUGUCACUGGGUCUGUAUACACUGCAGACUUUGACCAGUUGAGACAAAGAUGCAAUGUGACACAAGAUCAUUCCAAAAUUUGACCUUUCACCUUGAAUAUGCCUCUUGAUCUGAAGCAUUAAUUCAGUAUAUGACAGCACUAGCAGUAGUACACUUUCAACUGUAAAGCUUGUUUUGUCCACGUUUAUUAUUAUUGUCUAUUAUGAUUUAUUAUCUUACUAAUGUCUCUCUCUUUAAAAUGGAUGCACAACAUUAUUUUGUUAUUAAUGAUUUCUCUGGUUGUUUUUCUCUCUACCUUCUUUUCUGCUAACCAGAGGGACCAAUCAAACUGUUCUGUAGGUUUUUUCUGUCAUGUGGUUGUGUUUUCACUGUUCCUCGUCUCCCAAGUAAUUGGAAAUUGUAUUUUCUGUUGUAACCGCAAACGUGAAGACAAGACACACACACACACACACACACACACACACACAGGAAGAAUGUCCACAUAGAGAUGGCCCUUUAUGCUCUAUGAUUCUUUCAGUCUAACCAAGCAUGAAACUCUUUUUUUCAUGCAUUCUCUUUGAAUUCUCUUACGACUGUUUGCAAACUCCCCAAAAAUAUUCAUAAUUCUUCACUGCUGUACUGUAAAAGGCUCGAGCACACCAAAAUAUGAAACCACAGUCUAUCCACAAAACAUGAACCACAGGACAUUGACUCCUAGUUGGAGUCGUUUGUCAUCAUUAUCGGAUCCUGAAAUGCUGGGGUCCUUAGCCUGUUAAAUAUAAUGGGAUGAGACAAAAUACUGUACAAUGUGUCUUACUUAGUCUUGACCGAUGGGAAAGCACUGAAAAUGCCAUAUUUCCAACUCCUGCAUGGUCUCCAUACUGUACUCUACCUUGUGUGUGUGUGUUUUAUUGUGAUGUCUGGAAGUGUCUGUUGUUGCAUGUUGAAACACAUUGACGUGCUGCUGCAGGUAGGCUGGUGAUGCUAGUAAGAUAGGAGAGUGUUGUGCAAGCCUGGAAUGCCCUGGUUGUCACACUCUCCAAUCCUGAUCCUUAUCGCUCUGCUCCACCGCCAGCGGUACCUCUGUCUGUCUGUGUGCUACUCAUGUGGCAACACGAGAGGUUACCCGGGGAGAGGCAGUCAAUCUGGGCUUAUAUACUCAGUAUGGCCAUAAUCCUUGUCUAUAUAAACACAAUCUGCUGCUGUGGCAUGGAUGACAACCGUAGCCAUAUGCACAUUCAAUAUCGUAGCUAACUCAAUUUGGUGUCCCCCAAGGCACUAUUCUGGGCCUGCUUCUGAAUUGGAUGUCUUGGUUAAAUAAAGGUUAAAUCAAUAAACUGUAGUGGCUAUGGCUAGCAGUAAAGAGCUAGCCAGAGCCCAUCAUGCCCUGCUAUAGAAGCGGCUGUAGAGCACAUCUCCAGUUCUCUCAGGUGUGACUUAACAUGAGACAAACGGCCAGUCUCAGCCUAUUUAUCUAUCUACGGAGGGAGGCAUCUCCAUGUGUGUCACUACCACCAGUCACUGAUAAGACUGUGUGUGUCCCACAUGGCACCCUUAUUCCCUAUAUAGUGCACAUUAUUUCCUAUAUAGUGUAGUGGAGGCUGCUGAGGGGAGGACGGCUCAUAGUAAUGGCUGGAAUGGAGUCAAUGGAAUGGUAUCAACCACAUGUUUGAAACCAUUCCAUUGACUCCAUUCAAGCCAUUAUUAUGAGCCUCCUCCCCUCACCAGCCUCCACUGAUAUAGUGCACUUCUUUUGUAGUACUAAAAGUAGUGAACUACAUAGUGAAUAGGGUGCCAUUUGGGAUGCAUGCAGCCUAUGUCUAUCCCCCAUCACACGACUUGUGCACUGUGUGUUUGUGAGAGCGAUGAUAGAGAUAGGUAGAUGGUGUACUUGCUGACUUAUUCCUCUGUGUUCCGGUGUAGCCGUGAAGAUUAAGAAGCCUAUCAAGACCAAGUUCCGUUUGCCGGUGUUGAACUGGGUGGCACUGAAGCCCAACCAAAUCAACGGCACUGUGUUCAAUGAGAUCGACGACGAGAGGAUACUGGAGGUAGGGAACCAUCCACUCACCCCCACAGAUAUGCAUUUCACACUUUGACCUUCUAUAAAAGCUAUGUUGGUCUACUGUACUUCAAACAACAUGUAGGCUACUCACCACAGGGCAGGUUGCUUAGGAUUCAAACCUUCUCACUUGAAGUGUGUUUUCAACCUCAGGACCUGAACGUGGAUGACUUUGAGGAGAUGUUCAAGACGAAAGCCCAGGGCCCGGCCAUCGACUUGACCAUGAGCAAGACCAAGGUCAUCCAGAAGGGUCCCAACAAGGUGGCGCUGCUGGAUGCCAACCGGGCCAAGAACAUGGCCAUCACCCUGAGGAAAGUGGGCAAGGCCCCCGAGGAGAUCUGCAAGGCCAUUCAGCUGUAAGACGUCAAGGACUCCUCCUACACUACACAACCUAGUGGUCUUCUUAAUCUACAGUACUAGUCAAAAGUUUGAACACACCUACUCAUUCAAGGGUUUUUCUUUAUUUGUACUAUUUUCUACAUUGUAGAAUAAUAGUGAAGACAUCAAAACUAUGAAAUAACACAUAUGGAAUCAUGUAGUAAUCAAAAAAGUGUUAAACAAUUUUUGAGAUUCUUCAAAUAGCCACCCUUUGCCUUGAUGACAGCACCUUGAUGGCUUCACCUGGAAUGCUUUUCAAACAGUCUUGAAGGAGUUCCCACAUGUGCUAAGCACUUGUUGGCUGCUUUUCCUUCACUCUGCCAUCCGACUCAUCCCAAACAAUCUCAAUUGGGUUGAGGUCGGGGGAGUGUGGAGGCCAGGUCAUCUAAUGCAGCACUCCAUCACUCUCCUUCUUGGUCAAAUAGCCUUUAUACAGCCUGGAGGUGUGUUGGGUCAUUGUCCUGUUGAAAAACAAAUGAUAGUCCCACUAAGCCCAAACCAGAUAGGAUGGCGUAUCGCUGCAGAAUGCUGUGGUAGCCAUGCAGGUUAAGUGUGCCUUGAAUUCUAAAUAAAUCACAGACAGUGUCACCAGCAAAGCACUCCCACAACAUAACACCUCCUCCUCCAUGCUUUACGGUGGGAAAUACACAUGCGGAGAUCAUCCGUUCACCCACACCACAUCUCACAAAGCCACGCCGGUUGGAACUAAAAAUCUCAAAUUUGGACUCCAGACCAAAGGACACAUUUCCACCAGUCUAAUGUCCAUUGCUCGUGUUUCUUGACCAAAGCAAGUCUCUUCUUGGUGUCUUUUAGUAGUCGGUUCUUUGCAGCAAUUUGACCAUGAAGGCCUGAUUCACACAGUCUCCUCUGAACAGGUGAUGUUGAGAUGUGUCUGUUACUUGAACUCUGUGAAGCAUUUAUUUUGGCUGCAAUUUCUGAGGCUGGUAACUCUAAUGAAUUUAUCCUCUGCAGCAGAGGUAACUCUGGGUCUUCCAUUCCUGUUGUGGUCCUCAUGAGAGCCAGUUUCAUCAAAGUUCUUGAAAUGUUCCGUAUUGACUGACCUUUAUGUCUUAAAGUAAUGAUGGACUGUCAUUUCUCUUUGCUUAUUUGAGCUGUUCGUGCCAUAAUAUGGACUUGGUCUUUUACCAAAUAGGGCUAUCUUCUGUAUACCAACCCUACCUUGUCACAACACAACUGAUUGGCUCAAACGCAUUAAGACAAAUUAACUUUUAACAAGGCACACCAGGUGACUACCUCAUGAAGCUGGUUGAGAGAAUGCCAAAGCUGUCAUCAAGGCAAAGGGUGGCUAUUUGAAGAAUCUCAAAUCUCAAAUAUAUUUGGAUUUGUUUAACACUUUUUUGGUUACUACAUGAUUCCAUAUGUGUUAUUUCAUAGUUUUGAUGUCUUCAUUAUUAUUUUACAAUGUAGAAAAUAGUAAAAAUAAAGAAAACCCCUUGAAUGAGUAGGUGUGUCCAAACUUUUGACUGGUGGUGCAUUUAGCACCGCGAAUUAGGGUUUGUUUGUGUGUCUGCAUAGCAUAGCGUCUGUGUGCAUGUCUGUGUCUCCAGUCCGUGUUUGUGUGUGUGUUUGUCUGUGCCUCCGCAUAACGUGCAUGUCUGUGUCUCCAGUCCGGGUAAUAACCGAUAUCCCCUGCGUCCCCCCACCCGUCAGGUUUGACCUGCGCACCCUGUCGGUGGACUAUGUGGAGUGUCUGAUGCGCUUCCUGCCCACGGAAAACGAGGUGAAGAUCAUGCGUCAGUACGAGAAGGAGAAGAAGCCAUUGGAGGCGCUGACGGACGAGGACCGCUUCAUGAUGCACUUCAGCAAGAUAGAGCGGCUCAUGCAGAAGAUGACCAUCAUGGCCUUCAUAGGCAACUUCUGCGAGAGCGUGCAGAUGCUGACACCGGUGAGGCUCUCUCAGGGCUUACCAGAUAUGAUUGAGGUUAUAGGUGAUGGGAGAGGAGGAUUCAUUCUUCGGCCCUGUAUACACUCAAGUUUUGCAACUGAUAUGGAAUGCUUUUGGGUUUUGUGAUACAACGGGGAGUGUUUCUGCACACAAAAAAUUACACAAGCAUUGUGGAGACACUGCACAGGCAUUGUGUGAACAUUUUUGUGCAGACCAACUAGGGCUGGGCGAUAUGGCCAAAAUAUCAUAUGACAGUAUAUUUCAAAAUGUUGAUGCUAUUUGACGGUAUUUUAUGUUUUUGAAUAAUAAUAUUUGCUUUAAGAGUAGUGGGACCCUAGGGUUGCAACACAUACAUUCUAAGUGAUUUCACUGGGUCUUUCUCCAUUCUGAUUGUUUUAUACUGUUUAACUUCAACCAAAAUUAAUUUCCUGCAUUUUCAUAAAUUCCUGCAUUUCCUGCACUCAUUUGAGGUAACUUCCACACUACCACGUAGGGCUGCACGAUAUGGGCAAAAAAUCGAGGCCUUAUUUUUAACCAAAUAUUGCAAUUACGAUUUGACUUGCGAUUUAGAUCAAAACAGUUUGGUGAACUGUUGGAAUCAUGGAAAUAGAAUGUUUAUUCUAAUUCUAUAGUUAGAAUAUAAAUAAUAGUGGGGACUUUGAACACAGUGUUGUUUGACAUGACAAGGAAUUUUAAAAAAUGCCAGGGAGGAGUUAUUGUGACAGGGUAGGAACCAAAGUGUUGGUCAGUAUUUCCUAUGGGACCCUAUAAUGUUUAGCUAUAUUAAAUGUUUCUUCAUUUAGCCAACAUAUUCAUGCUUUGCCUAUUCCUCUUUGAUUUUAAAGAUACUGCUGCACAAACAACAUGCUGAUUUAGGCCUACACCAUCACUGGUAUCAGUCUGUAUAGCUAGCUAUGUUUGCUCUGACUCAGUACAUUUGCUAGCUAGGUAGCCAGCUAACUAGCGAUUAGCAUUAGUGGCUAACACGGUUUACCUUGCUAAGAAAAGACAGACUAGCUGUUUGCAGAUGUAAGAAACACAAACUAAUAGUGUGGAUUUAUAUUAAGAAGCAAAGUGGAAACAACAUUGUGCUGCAUUGACCAUGCGAACUGAACGCAAGUGUCUGUGGUCAAGCAACAACAAAUGCACUCCUUGAGUGACAGGGCUAGGUCUGUGUGGAAAGCGGCAUGAAGAGAGAGAUGGCUCAAGUGUGUUUAUUUUACCAGGUAAAUUGACUGAGAACACAUUCUCAUUUACAGCAAUGACCUGGGGAAUAGUUACAGGGGAGAGGAUGGUGGAUGAAUGAGCCCAUUGGAAGAUUAUGGGGGAUGAUUAUGUGGCCAUGAUGGUAUGAGAGCCAGAUUGGGAAUUUAGGCAGGACACUGGGGUUAACACCCCUACUCUUACAAUAAGUGCCAUGGGAUCUUUAGUGACCACAGAGAGUCAGGUCACCCGUUUAACAUCCCAUCUGAAAGACAGAACCCUACACAGUGCAAUGUCCCCAAUCACUGACCUGGGGGCAUUGAGAUAUAUUUUAGACCAGAGGAAAGAGUGCCUCCUACUGGCCCUCCAACACCACUUCCAGCAGUAUCUAGUCUCCCAUCCAGGGACCGACCAGGACCAACCCUGCUUAGUUUCAGAAGCAAGCCAGCAGUUGGAUGCAGGGUGGUAUGCUGCUGGCCCAAGUAGCGGUGUAAACUAUAAAAAUGGACGUUACACAUGGCAUAUCAAAUUUAACAAACCAAAAGUUCAAAUACCGUUAUAGAAGGUAAACUAAAAACCCAAACCAGUCUGUGCAUCAAUACCGGUAUAUAGUAAAAUAUGGUAUUCCGCCCAGCCCUAAGACCAACUCUCCAUUGUAUCACAAAUAUAUCAGUCGUAUCACAACCAUUGUAUAAUAUGUUGUACAGUGACUUGCAAAAGUAUUCAUCCCCCUUGGUGUUUUUUAUAUUUUGUUGCAUUACAACCUGUAAUUUAAAUUUAUUUUUAUUUGGAUUUCAUAUAAUGGACAUACACAAAAUAGUCCAAAUUGGUGAAGUGAAAUGAAAAAAAUAAAAGCAAACACAUUUGGUGUUUGCCAAAAGGCAUGUGGGAGACUCCCCAAACAUAUGGAAGAAGGUACUCUGGUCAGAUGAGACUAAAAUUGAGCUUUUUGUUCAUCAAGGAAAACGCUAUGUCUGGCGCAAACCCAACACCUCUCAUCACCCCGAGAACACCAUCCCCACAGUGAAGCAUGGUGGUGGCAGCAUCAUGCUGUGGGGAUGUUUUUCAUCGGCAGGGACUGGGAAACUGGUCAGAAUUGAAGGAAUGAUGGAUGGCGCUAAAUACAGGGAAAUUCUUGAGGGAAACCUGUUUCAGUCUCCCAGAGAUUUGAGACUGGGACGGAGGUUCACCUUACAGCAGGACAAUGACCCUAAGCAUACUGCUAAAGCAACACUCGAAUGGUUUAAGGGGAAACAUUUUAAUGUCUUGGAAUGGCCUAGUCAAAGCCCAGAUCUCAAUCCAAUUGAGAAUCUGUGGUAUGACUUAAACAUUGCUGUACACCAGCGGAACCCAUCCAACUUGAAGGAGCUGGAGCAAUUUUGCCUUGAAGAAUGGGCAAAAAUCCCAGUGGCUAGAUGUGCCAAGCUUAGAGAGACAUAUCCCAAGAGACUGGCAGCUGUAAUUGCUGCAAAAGGUGGCUCUACAAAGUAUUGACUUUGGGGGGGUGAAUAGUUAUGCACGCUCAAGUUUUAUUUUUUUUGGUCUUAUUUCUUGUUUGUUUCACAACAAAAAAUAUUUUGCAUCUUCAAAGUGGGAGGCAUGUUGUGUAAAUCAAAUGAUACAAACCCCCCAAAAAUCAAUUUUAAUUCCAGGUUGUAAGGCAACAGAAUAGGAAGAGUGGGGGUGAAUACUUUCGCAAGCCACUGUACAUCAGUUGUACAACCUGUGUGUACAGGGCCUUCUUUAAUUUGACUUAUUCUCCUCUUGUCUGACUUUUGUUCUACUUCCUUCUUUCUUAUUCUUUACAGCAACUUCAUGCGAUCAUCGCUGCAUCUGUGUCAAUAAAAUCCUCACAGAAACUCAAGAAAAUUCUUGAGGUAAGCGACCAAUUACAGAUUUCUUUGCAUCAAAAAUACUCUGUGCUGAUUUUUUUGUUGUUGAAAAUAUUGUUCCUGGCUGCCUUCUGUGUUGAUGUUCCAAUGCUGUUGUUUUCCCCCACAGAUUAUCUUGGCUCUCGGAAACUACAUGAACAGCAGUAAAAGGGGAGCAGUAUACGGUUUUAAACUACAAAGUUUAGAUUUGGUAAGAGAUUCUCUCUCCCAUCUUAAAUGUAUUGCUAGUGCAUAACGUGCUUCAGGAUUGUCAUUGUUUGCAUCCCAAAUUGCACCCUAUUCCCUAUGUAGUGCACUAUUUUGAACCACAGCCCUAUGGGCCCUAGUCAAAAGUAGUGCACUACAUAGGGAAUAGGGUGCCAUUUGGGACGCAUGAUCUUCACACGUCUUUUUAUCCUCUAAUUACCCCAGCUACUAGACACCAAGUCGACAGACCGGAAAAUGACACUGUUGCACUACAUAGCCAACGUGGUGAAGGAGAAAUACCACCAAGUCAAUCUGUUCUACAAUGAACUGCAUUAUGUGGAGAAGGCUGCAGCAGGUACGAUUCACAACAAAGCCUAGUGAUAUUACAGUGAUAAAGGGCUGAUGCUAAAUCAGAUCCUAGGCUGCACCCUAUUCCCUACAUAGUGCACUACUUUUGACCAGAGCCCUGAGGCCCUUGGUCUAAAAUAGUGCACUAUAUAGGGAAUAGGGUGCUAUUUGGGACGAAUCCCUAAUGAACUACAUGAACAGCAGUAAAAGGGGAGCAGUAUACGGUUUUAAACAAAGUUUCAGUUUUGUAAGAUAUUCUCUCUCCCAUCUCAAAUGUAUUGCUAGUGCAUAAUUUGCUUCAGGAUUGUAAUUGGCUGAAUAAAUGGCACCCUAUGGGCCCUGGUCUAAAGUAGUGUACUAAAUAUGGAAUAGGGUGCCAUUUGGGACGCAUACCUAAUGAUCAGUCAUUGGAUUUGGACAGGAUUGUAGCCUAUCUUUGGUCUGCAGGCACUUCUGUUGCUCUGUAUCUUCAGUCAUGUCCUACAAUGCAUUGUGGUGUUGUUCUCUUGCUGGGGCAUUGACUCCUCCAUGCUGGGUGUUACUCUGAAGACCUGUGCUGUAAACUCACUGAGGUAUGGCCCUCCUUGGGGAGUACCCUGCUUCGAACAGUUUGCAAUUCUGUUUGUGUGUGUGUGUGCGCAAUCUCAGUGUCGUUAGAGAACGUUCUGCUGGACGUGAAGGAGCUCCAGCGGGGAAUGGACCUGACCAAGAGAGAAUACAGCAUGCAUGGUCACAACACCAUGCUCAAAGACUUCAUCACACACAACGAGGGCAAGCUGAAAAAGCUGCAGGACGACGCCAAGAUCGCACAGGUAAACCUCACCUCACUAAAUUUCUAAUACAGCAACUUUAUUAAAGGUUAAUGGGGCAUUUUCCUGGACACAGAUUAAGCCUAAUCCUGGACUAAAAAGCACUUUCAAUGGAGAUUCUCCGCUUUUUAGUUCAGGACUAAGUUUAAUCUAUGUCUGACCGUAUUGUUUGAUGGGACUAAUUUACGAUUGGCAUAUGUUUAGAUGAUAAAGAACGUCGCAGGGAAAUCACGAAUGCAAAAUGUGCUAUUUUCUUCUCACAGGACGCCUUCGACGAGGCGGUCAAAUUCUUUGGCGAGAAUUCCAAAACGACGCCCCCGUCCGUGUUCUUCCCGGUGUUUGUGCGCUUUAUCAAGGCCUACAGGGUGAGACUGAUGUUCCUCUCUUACACACCCUUCAGAAUGUCCAAAAAACAUCCCACCCCACCUUCCGCUCCUGACCAACCCUCAUCCCUGUUCCCCCGACUGUGGAAACGCCUCAGUCUAAGUGUGUAUCCGUGUGUUUGUGUGUCUGUUCUUUCAGCAAGCGGAGGAGGACAACGAGCAGAGGAAGAGAGCGGAGCAGGUGAUGAUGGAGAAGCUUCUGGAGCAGGAGGCCAUGAUGGACCAGGAGCACCAGAAAGUAACCUCUCUCUCUCGCCGUCUCUCUCUCUCUCUCGCCGUCUCUCUCUCUCUAUCGCCGUCUCUCUAUCUCUCUCGCCGUCUCUCUCUCUCUCUCGCCGUCUCUCUCUCUCUCUCGCCGUCUCUCUCUCUCGCCGUCUCUCUCUCUCGCCGUCUUCUCUCUCUUCGCAAGUCUCUCUUCUAUCUCUCUUUGCCGUCUCUCUCUCUCUCUCUCGCGUUCUCUCUUCGCCGUCUCUAUAUCUCUUCUCGCGUCUCUCUUCUCUCUCGCGUUUUCUUUUCUUCUCUCUAUCGCCGUUCUCUCUCGCAGUCUCUCUCGCACGUCUCUCUCUCUCUCGCCAUCUCUCUCUCUCUUCGCCGUCUCUCUCUCGCCGUCUCUCUCUCUCUCUCGCCGUCUCUCUCUCUUUUAUCUCUCGUGUCUUUCUCUCUUCGCCGUCUUCUCUCUAUCUCUCUCUGCUUGUCUCUCUCUCUCUCGCUGCUUCUCUCUCGCUGUCUUUCUCUCUCUCUCGCCGUCUCUCUCUCUCUCGCCGUCUCUCUCUCUCUCUCGCCGUCUCUCUCUCGCCGUCUCUCUCUCUCUCUCUCUCGCUGUCUUUCUCUCUCUCUCGCCGUCUCUCUCUCUCUCGCCGGUCUUUCUCUCUCUCGCCAUCUCUCCUCUCGCCGUCUCUCUCUCUCUCGCCGUCUCUCUCUCUCUCGCCGUCUCUCUCUCUCGCCGUCUCUCUCUCGCCGUCUCUCUCUCUCUCGCGCGCGUCUCUCUCUCUCUCUCGCCGUCUCUCUCUCUCGCUGUCUCUCACCGUCUCUCGCCGUCUCUCUCUCGCCGUCUCUCUCUCUCUCGCCGUCUUUCUCUCUCUCUCGCGUCUCUCUCUCUCUCUCUCGCCGUCUCUCUCUGUCUCGCUGUUUUUUCUCUCUCUCUCGCUGUCUUUCUCUCUCUCUUGCCGUCUCUCUCUCUCGCUGUCUCUCUCUCUCUCUCUCUCUCGCUGUCUUUCUCACUCUCUCUUGCCGUCUCUCUCUCUCUCGCCGUCUCUCUCUCGCCGUCUCUCUCUCUCUCCGUCUCUCUCUCGCCGUCUCUCUCUCUCUCUCGCUGUCUUUCUCUCUCUCUCGCCGUCUCUCUCUCGCCGUCUCUCUCUCGCCGUCUUUCUCUCUCUCUCUCGCCGUCUCUCUCUCGCGUCUCUCUCUCUCUCUCGCCGUCUCUCUCUCUCGCCGUCUCUCUCUCUCGCGUCUCUCUCUCUCUCUCUCUCGCCGUCUCUCUCUCUCUCGCCGUCUCUCACCGUCUCUCGCCAUCUCUCUCUCUCUCGACGUCUCUCUCGCUCUCGCCGUCUCUCUCUCUCUCUCUCUCUCUCUCGCCGUCUCUCACCGUCUCUCGCCGUCUCUCUCUCUCUCUCUCGCCCGUCUCUCUCUCUCGCCGUCUCUCUCUCUCUCUCUCUCGCCAUCUCUCUCUCUCUCUCUCUCUCUCGCCGUCUCUCUCUCUCGCCGUCUCUCUCUCGCGUCUCUCUCUCUCUCUCUCGCCGUCUCUCUCUCUCUCGCCGUCUCUCUCUCGCCGUCUCUCUCUCUCUCGCCGUCUUUCUCUCUCUCUCGCCCUCUCUCUCUUCGCCGUCUCUCUCUCUCGCCGUCUCUCUCAUCUCUCUCUCGCGUCUCUCUCUCGCCGUCUCUCUCUCGCCGCCUCUCUCUCGCCGUCUCUCUCUCUCUCUCUCGCCGUCUCUCUCACGCCGUCUCUCUUCUCUCGCAAUCUCUCUCUCUAUCUCGCCGUCUUUCUCUCUCUCUCGCCGUCUCUCUCUCUCUCGCCGUCUUUCUCUCUCUCGCCCCUCUCUCUCUGCCCCGUCUCUCCUCUCUCUCUCUCUCGCCGUCUCUCUCUCUCGCCAUCUCUCUCUCUCUCUCGCUGUUUUUCUCUCUCUCGCUGUUUUUCUCUCUCUUCUCGCCGUCUCUCUCUCUCUCUUGCCCUCUCUCACCGUCUCUCGCCGUCUCUCUCUCUCGCCCAAUAUCUCUCUCUCUAUCGCUGUCUUUCCCUCCUUCUCGCCGUCUCUCUCUCGCCGUCUUUCUCUCUCUCUCGCCCUCUCUCUCUCGCCGUCUCUCUCUCUCUCUCUCGCCAUCUCUCUCUCUCGUCAUCUCACCGUCUCUCUCUCGCCGUCUCUCUCCUCUCUCUCGCGUCUCUCUCACGCCGUCUCUCUCUCUCCUUUCUCGCCGUCUCUCUCUCUCUCGCCGUCUCUCUCUCUCUCGCCGUCUCUCUCGCCGUCUCUCUCUCGCCGUCUCUCUCUCUCUCUUUCUCUUUCUCUCUCCGUCUUUCUCUCUCUCUCGCCGUCUUUCUCUCUCUCUCGCCGUCUCUCUCUCUCGCCGUCUCUCUCUCUCGCCGUCUCUCUCUCUCGCGUCUCUCUCUCUCUCUCGCCGUCUCUCUCUCUCGCCGUCUCUCUCUCUCGCCGUCUCUCUCUCUCUCGCCGUCUCUCUCGCGUCUCUCUCUCUCUCUCUCGCCAGUCUCUCUCCUCUCUCGCACGUUCUCUCUCGCCGUCUCUCUCUCUCUCGCCAUCUUUCUCUCUCUCUCGGCGUCUCUCUCUCUCUCUCGCCGUCUCUCUCUCUCUCGCUGUCUCUCUCUCUCGCCGUCUCUCUCUCUCUCGCCGUCUCUCUCUCUCUCGCCGUCUCUCUCUCGCCGUCUCUCUCUCUCUCGCCGUCUCUCUCUCUCUCGCCCGGUUCUCUCUCUCUUCUCUCUCUCGCGCUUUCUCUCUCUCUCUCGCCGUCUUUCUCUCCUCGCCCUCUCUCUCUCUCGCCGUCUCUCUCUCUCGAUCUCCUCUCUUCUCUCGCAGUCUCUCUCUCUCGCCGUCUCUCUCUCUCUCGCCGUUCUCUCUCGCCCUUUUUCUCUCGCGUCUCUCUAUCGCCGUCUCUCUCGCUCUCUCUUCUCUCUCUCUCGCAGUCUCUCUCUCUCUCCGUCUCUCGCCUCUCUCUUCGCGUCUUCUCUUCUAUCUCGCCGUCUUCUCUCUCUCUCGCCUCUCUCUCUCUCGCCGUCUCUCUCUCUCGCCGUCUAUCUCUCUCGCGUCUCUCUCUCUCUUCGCCGUCUCUCUCUCUCUUUCGCCGUCUCUCUCUCUCUCGCCGUUCUCUCUCUCUCCUCGUCUAUCUCUCUCUCUCGCCGUCUCUCCUCGCCGUCUUCUCUCUCUCUCGCGUCUUUCUCUCUCUCUCGACGUCUCUCUCUCUCUCGCCGUCUUUCUCUCUCUCGCCGUCUCUCUCUCUCGCGUCUCUCUCUCUCUCUCUCGCCGUCUCUCUCUCGCCAUCUCUCUCUCUCUCUCGCUGUUUUUCUCUCUCUCGCUGUUUUUCUCUCUCUCUCACCGUCUCUCUCUCUCUUGCCGUCUCUCUCUCUCUCUCGCCGUCUCUCGCCGUCUCUCUCUCGCCGUCUCUCUCUCUCACUCGCCGUCUCUCUCUCGCCGUCUCUCUCUCGCUGUCUUUCCCUCUCUCUCGCCGUCUCUCUCUCGCCGUCUUUCUCUCUCUCUCGCCCUCUCUCUCUCUCGCCGUCUCUCUCGCGUCUCUCUCUCUCGUCAUCUUUCACCGUCUCUCUCUCGCCGUCUCUCUCCUCUCUCUCGCGUCUCUCUCACGCCGUCUCUCUCUCUCCUCUCUCGCCGUCUCUCUCUCUCGCCGUUUCUCUCGCCGUCUCUCUCCUCUCUCGCCGUCUCUCUCCUCUCUCUCGCUGUCUCUCUCUCUCGUCAUCUCUCUCUCUUUCUCUCCCUCUCUCUCUCGCCAUCUCUCUCUCUCUCUCUCGCCGUCUCUCUUGCCGUCUCACUCUCUUUCUCUCUCUCCCUCCUCACCUGCUUCCUAUAAGGUAAACUAUCCCUUCUCUCCCCCCUCCUCCCACUCACCAUUUCUCCCUCUUUCUUUCCCUCUCUAUCCUCUUCCUAUAAUUUAAGCUCUCUUUCUCCCCCCGCCCUACCUCUCUCUCCUUCCCCUAACUCUCCCCCCUUCCCCUCGUCUCCUUCCCUCAUCCACCUCUGCCCCCCCCCCCCCCCCCCCCCCCCCCCCCCCUCCUGCUGGUAGGGCAGUUUUAUAUUAGAUACUGCAGAUACCUAGUGUAUCACGUCAAGUCAAGAUAAUCCACUAUAUAUAACCAGUAAACAUAAACAGUUGGUAAACCAACCAGUAAAUAUAAACGGUAUAUAUAAUAUAUACAGUAUAACCUGUCCAAUGGACACAUUAGACUGACAGCUAUGGUGUGUCACACGGGGACAUCCUUAUACUGUUUGAAUAGUCUAAAAAGGCGCCUGUGAUUUGACUGUAUGCGUACGUCCUUGUCUGUGUGUGUGUGUGUGUUUUAUUCUAUGUCCUUGUGUGUGUGUGUGUGUGGUCUCCCCACCAGUCUCCGUCCCAUAAGAACACCAGGAGCAGGAGUCAGCAGCAGGAGGUGAUAGCUGAGCUGAGGAAGAAGCAGGUGAAGGAUACGGGCAGCCGCCAUGUCUACGAGGGCAAGGAUGGAGCCAUCGAGGACAUCAUCACCGGUAAACAGGACCAUGGCCAAUCACCAUCAGUUCUACAAUCACACACACGUUACUCAUACACAUGCGAACGCACACAAACACACACACACACGUGUACACACACAUGUGCGUACACAUACUGUAUGCGCGUACACACACACACACACACACACACAUACACACACACACACACUGGGUGUUCUGCAUGCAGGGCCUCUCCUGUGCUCUAAUCCAGUCUCAUUCAAUCAUUAACAUGGGUUUCUAAACCACUAACAAAUACGUUGCCUCUUAACUAUUGAACUGUUUGAACUGUCAAUGAUUCAAUCCUAAGGCUUUAUUUAACCGUAAUCAUACGUUACAAACAUGCAUUGACAGUCCAGCUAACCCAACCUAGACACUUGGAGCCGGCGCAAAUGUGCAUAUGAUCAUUAUCUGCUAUCUGUUGUCCUUCUUUGUAACAGUUAGUGUUGUAGACGGGCCGGGCUUAGAGUAUAGUCCCCAGACCAGAGACCAUGGCUGCGUCCCAAAUGGCACCUUAUUCCCUAUGUGGUGCACUACUUUCGACCAGAGCCCUAUGCUAUUUGGAAUGCAGCCCAUGUAUUGAUCUGCUUUAUUAAAAUAUAUGACACUGAGAAAACGAAUACAUAUUUUAUUCAGUGAACUGCAAUAAAAUGUGCCUCUGAGGAAUUGUUGUAUACAACCCUAGGCCAUUUACAUUCUGUGUGGUGUGGCAAUAACACUAUAAUUCUAUAUAACAAUAAAACAUAACCUUAUUCUAACUGACAAGCUAAAAGCCUGUCUUGUAACAUUUUAACGUUAGCACUCCAUAAGAUACAGUGGAAUAGCUGUAGCGUAGCAACCCUACAGUUGCAAAAUUCCGGUAAUAUCCCCAAAAUUCCCAGGUUUUUCAGAAAUCCCGGUUGGAAGAUUCCCGAAUUUCCUACUUAUUCCUUACUGAUUCCAGGGAAUCUUCCAACCAGGAUUUCAAUAAGCAGGAAAUUCGGUAAUCCUCCAACCGGGAUUUCUGGAAAACCAGGGAAUUUUGGGAAAGUUCCCGGAAUUGUGCAACCCUAAGCAGCCCUGUAGGCCUAUAGUAGAAUGUGUUAAUGUGUCUCUGCUUCAGUCUUCUAAUGCUGUAGGGUGUUAACCUGUUCUAAAACCCUGUAGAUGUGUGCUUCUCCUUACUGUCAUGUCUUAGCUGUUGUUGUUGUUUCAAUGCAGUGCUGAAGACAGUGCCCUUUACCGCCCGCACAGCCAAACGGGGUUCUCGGUUCUUCUGCGAGCCGGCUCACAAUGAGGAGUACCAUUACUAAAGCUUAGAACUCUCUCUGAAAGGUUGCUGUAAAUACAGUGCUCUCUUUCUUUCUUGCCUCUCUCUUUCUCCGUACUUUCACUGUGUGUUGUGUGUUCUCGCUCACUCUGUGGGUGUGUCACUGUCAGUCACUUGUGUGUGUAUGUGGGGGGGGGUGGCGGGGGGGGGGGGGUGUUGGUGUCUCUGUCACCGCCCCUCCUAUGAGGGGAGCAUGAGGAGGGAGGGGUUUUGUGGGAGGGGUCGCUGAUGUCAACUCCGUUACCCUGCAUGACAAGUCAUCCCCGUUAUAUACUUUCUCAUCCGUUUGUAUCAUCACCCAUAGCAAACCAUAAUGUCACAGAAAUGUUCCUGUCAGGCCAUUGAUAUUUGCCCUGAGAAGAGGGAGAUGGGUAGAUGGGUUAGAAACCAUGUCUCACUCUAGCUGUAUUAGUAUAGAGUAUAUUAGAGUGUACAAAACAUUAUGAACACCUGCUCUUUCCAUGACAUAGACUGACCAGGUGAAUCCAGGUAAAAGCAAUGAUCCCUUAUUGAUGUCACUUGUUAAAUCCACUUCAAUCAGUGUAGAUGAAGGGGAGGAGACAGGUUGAACAAGGAUUUUCAAGCAUUGAGACAAUUGACAUGGGUUGUGUAUGUGUGCCAUUCAAAGGGUGAAUGGACAUGACAAAAUAUUUAAGUGCCUUUGAACAGGGUAUGGUAGUAGGUGCCUGGUGCACCGGUUUGUGUGAAGAACUGCAACGCUGCUGGGUUUUUCACACUCAACGGUUUCCCGUGUGUAUCAAGAAUUGUCCACCACCCAAAAGACAUCCAGCUAACUUGACACAAUUGUGGGAAGCAUUGGAGUCAACAUGGGCCAGCAUCCCUGUGGAACGCUUUCGACACCUUGUAGAGUCCAUGCCCCUACGAAUUGAGGCUGUUCUGAGGGCAAAAUGCAGGGGGGGUGCAUCUCAAUAUUAGGAAGGUGUUCUUAAUGUUUAGUACACUCAGUGUAUAUCAAUCGGACCGCAUGGUAAGUGCCCUCUGCUGUUAAUAUAGCUGAAGUGCUUCCUAGACCGUAGCCCAACGGAUUCUCACUUACUAGCAUCCAAUACGUAUAUAUUGCAUUACAUAUGUUAUGUUGACCUGUAUUAAUGCCAGUAGUUAUGUUAUAAAGUAUAUAGUAGUUUUGCUUUAGUAGAUGUAGGGUAAUAUUGUCAACAUAGCAGAGUCGUUUAGCCUAUAAUUAUAAAAUAAUUAUAUAAUAUUUUGUAAGUUAAGAUGUAUGACUCAUUUUAAAAUGGCUGUGGCAUUAUACUUUGCUUGUGUGUUAAUCUGUCUUAUCAUGAAAACGGAGUAUUGUGUUCAUCAUGUAUUACUGCUGCUGUUUGGGUUUCUGCAUGCCACUGGCUUUCUCCUGCUUCAUACCCACAAUGUCCCCUGUUCCCAGUUCCCCUAGCUCUGGUCCAGGGUGUUACAUCUGUCUUGCUGAUGCUGAGCCUUGAAGCUACACGUAACACUCUGGACCAGAGCUACAGUUCCCCCCCUUACCUUGUGCUUGGCGAUGGAUCACAAUCUUAUCACAUGACUUUCUGUGGUCUGCCAGGUCACCUUUCUAACAUAUUGCAUGAAGUAUUAUUUUCUGACACGUGUUCUCGGUCUUAAAUGUCACAUAUCCAUUGUGUGCCACUAACAUACAGUCAGAUACAUUCAUUGCUGUUUACAUUUACAUUUUAGUCAUUUAGCAGACGCUCUUAUCCAGAGCGACUUACAGUUAGUGAGUGCAUACAUUUUCAUACUGGCCCCCCGUGGGAAACGAACCCACAACCCUGGCGUUGCAAGCGCCAUGCUCUACCAACUGAGCUACAGGGGGGCUAUACAGGGGUUUAGCAAUUUAAAGGGAAAAGCCUCAGUAUUUCUAAACAUUUCCAUAAAUUACAGUUGAAUUCACAUCCUAUCCCCGUGUAUCUGGCUGAAUGCAUGCUGUUCUUUGGUUUUUGGUCUGUGUUCUAUUCAAUAUUAACUUUUUUCUUGUAUGUAACUAUUCCAAAGCUUUCGUGCAAAGUUUGAUGGUUAGCUCUUUUUGCUCAUGCUGGUAGUCAUUCUGCAAAGCAGCCUGGGUUUUGAGACACAGAAAAACAAAUGCUUUGGUUUGUUCUCCCUUUGUGCCUGCUGUAUCAGUUAACAGGAUAUCUUAGCUUUGGCCCUCUUAACACCCCUAGUCCUGUCUUAUCCUAUCCCCUGCAUCCCCUCCCCCCCUCCCCUCCCUCCCCUCCCCUCCCCUCCCCUCCCCUCCCCUCUAUUGGCUGCUUUGCUCGCUCAACGCUCCCACCGCUGCAAGGAUACUGUGAAAAUACUGGAGUGACCCCUCUGGUCACCCUGCUUCUUUAACCUCCAUUUUGUCUUCUCUUCAUCCAUCCAGCCCUAAAGAAGAAUAAUAUUACUAAAUUUCCCAAUGUCCACUCGAGGGUAAGGAAUUCCUCCAAUAGCACCCCUGUGGUGGUGGAUGUGUCCCAGACCUGGCAAGCAUCUCUUUUUUACCUCCCUUCCCUUUAAGUUACCUACCGCUGAGGGCUUUCCCUACUUCAGACUAGUCUGCCUGUUUUGGUCCCACUCCCUCCUUUCUGUUCACCCUCCAUUUCCUAAUUACAGUUUAGACAAGUAUUGCAUGUCUGAAAUCAAAGAAUGCAAUAUUCAAUUUAAAAUGCCCUUCAUGGAAAAUUGAAGACUUUUCUUGCCUUUUUGUUGUUUGUUAAACAUGGGAAAGAGGAGAAUGUACUUCUCCAUUGACAAGGCUUGUAUAAGAGGGCAGCCGUCCAUAGCUUGUUUUUUUAUUGAUAGUGACAGAAGGAAUAGUAAAUGUGAAAAAUUGUCACUCAAUAAGGUAUUUUCUUUGGACCUGUUUUUGUCUUUCGUCCAGAGAAGUGAACUGAGGGGGUAAUGUUUCUGUAGAACUCAAGCUGCUUUGCAUGACUGGCUGCCAACACAACCAGCCUCUGGGCACAUCUGAAGGCCCUGGCAAGAUGAUUGACAACAUCUUUUACCCCACCCCUCCCUUCCUCCCUCCAUCCCAGAUCUUCGCAAUCAGCCUUACAGGCGAGCCGACGCGGUGAGGAGGAGCGUCAGGAGACGCUUUGAUGACCAGAACUUGCGGCCGGUCAACAACUCUGAAGUCGUAAUUUGACGAGGGAAAAGUGCAUGUGCUAGGGGAGGGGUGAAGAGGGGGAGUGAUGUGGAGAGUGUAGCAGCCUCUCACUCUGAAGGACUGAAGGAGAGAUGGAUGGACUGAAAGAGAGAUAGAUGGACUGAAAGAGAGAUAGAUGGGUCUGAAAGGUCAGUUAUAGUGAACCUUAGACAAGCCAAGUGCCUAAAACUUGUUGUUUUGUCUCCUGUUUGUCUGUCUGGAGAUUUUUUUUACUUCAAGCAAUACAACUUGACCUGGCUUUAACUGUAUUUUCCUUUGAUAUGUAUACUGGACACAGUCGUCUGUAGCGGGGAUUCCUGAAAGAGAUUUUUCCUGAAAGAAGUGUAGAAUGUAACGGGUCACGGUUCCGCCACAGAGGAUGAAUAUGGUAUUUCAUAGCUAGUAUCUUAUUACAUUCCUGGUGCUACUGCCAUCGUUCUUGGAAAUUACACAAUGUGUUCGAGCGGCACUCUUAAGAACUCAUUAGCUUUUCCAUUGUUACUAAAGGGCUAAUGUACUUUUUAAAGGGGACAUACACUUUAUAUACAAAAGUAUGUGGACACACCUUCAAAUGACUGGAUUCGACUAUUUCAGCCUCACCCGUUGCAUAAAAUCGAGCACACCGCCAUGC